CAAAAGAUGCAUCCUUGCCCAGGAAAAGAGUUGCUGGACCUCAUGCUAGGAGUAAAUCUGAAGGGGAAAAACCCAGGUAUGUUUUUUGUCUUUAAACAUACAUUUCAGGAUGUCAUGGACUGCCCUAACAACAACAAAUCUUCAUUCGUCCUCUCUCAUACCUUGUCAGAAAUUUUAUUACAACAGUGGAAAUAUUGAAAAUGAAACUAAAGUCCUGGCUGCCUGGAAUAAAUGCAGGGGCUAACAGAGCCAGGCAGCCAGUUGACAUCAGCAUAAAACAGAAGUAUAGAACUGUACAAUUCUUAUAGACACCCCUUUACGGUGGACAAUAGUAAUUUUUAAGCCAGUUUUAAAGGUAUCAGAAUCCACACAUAUUUCUAGCUCUCCUUCAUUAGAACAUCCCCUCUAGAAGUAAUCAGAGAUUUUGCACGAAAAUGAGGUAAAUUGGUUUAACAGAGGAGAGGACAAAAUAUCCGCCAGUCUUGAUUUAUUCCGCAUGGUGUGCACAGUCCACCUCAAGUAUAUGGUAUCAAGUAUAUGGUAUGGAAUAGUAAUGAGUUCCAGAGGAAAAUACAAUUUGAACCGAGGAUAAAAUAAUAUCAUUAUAAUAUUGUACCACAACUUAAACACUUGAGUUUUACCCCUUUGGUGUCUGGCAGGUACGAAAUGCAGUUCACAGGUCACAACCGCAGGUUUAAAAUAGAGUACAUGUACAAGUCACUGUGCUACAGUCAAAUAUAUACAACUCUAACAGUCUCUCCUACCCUUAAUCACAAAUCCAAAAAAAGUGUUUGAGCUUAAUGGAAAACUGCUUAUCUCAGUUAUUUAGGUCACUAGUACAGAUCACUUUUCUAUUGAUGUGACCUGUGUUUUGUACAUGCCAUUUGAUGUCUGUAUAAAGGAUGUUCCACUGUAAUACAGUAGGACUUGCAGUGGAUGCUGAUUGUUUCUUUUUUAUGUUGCCUUUAGUCUACCUCCCAGCCGAGCCAUGACACCCGCAGAACAGUUAGAUAUCAUAAGAUCCUUUGAGGCGGUGGAAAGCAUGGAUGAUGAGGCAGUCUCCAAACGAGAUCUUGAGGUGGGAAUAUUUGAUUGAUAUCAACAGUUUUCUUUAAGUUUAUCCAUUUGGAAUGGUUAUGUUUUGACUUUUGACAAAACAGUUUUUGUUCAGCUACACAAUGAAACCAUGUUAAUGUGACCAUCUAAUGAGCCUUCAGAAGUCAAGAUGGUCAUAUUAAUCAGGCUUUUACUUAAGAAAAUGCCUGAGUUACAUUUGGGCUGUGCUGAAAUAGUGUGCUUGUACUAAUGGGUGGUUAAGUUCACCUCCUGGUUAGAAGAGUUGAAUGACCGACAGUAUGCCCAGCUGAAGUUUGUGGAAUGCAGGUUCAGGGUCUCUUAAAAAACUGUUAAGAUUUAGAGCAGGUGGAUGCAUUUUUCUCAGCUGCUGUGGUGCAUGCUCUGAGCACUCCAUGUGAUAAGUGUUUGAAGCAUAUUUCAGUUUGUAGUAGUGUUUCUUUGUGGAGUGCAUCCGUUCGUCUUUUCGUUCUGCUUCUUCCUACCCAGCCACUUUCUUUACUACCAUUAACACAAUGAGAUGAGUGCAUGAACGACUUUGUGUGGGGACUCAUGGCUGGGUUAAAUUAGGGGGUUUGUUCAUUGUUGAGGGGCUGGCUGUUCACAGUGGAAGCUAACCCCAUGACAUCACAAGCACCCUCAUCAGCUUUCAAGUUUCCAUUUGGUAUAUAACCUCCUUUAUCAAAAUAUGAUGAUGAUGAUGAUGAUGAUGAUGAUGAUGAUGGCAGGGUGUGUCAUUACAUGAAGCCCCAUUAAUACUCUAAAAUCAUAUGGGCCAACUAAAAUGCAUCUUUAAUUUUCUUCUUGGGUGGGAGCGGGGAGGUAGGAAAACUAAUAUCUUUGAAAAAAUAUUGAUCAAAUACUUAAAAUUAUCAUUCCCUGCAAAUUUUUCUUCCUUUUCAUUGGCUGAGAGCCCACCACAUGACCUGCAAAUAACUGCCUACAAAUAAUGGUCUGCUCAUGCACAAUGUCAUCCAACUUUGUUUAGCUGCGGAUAAUAUUCUGCUCAUGCGUAAAUGAAACCAUGCUUUUCUCCUUCCUGCGAUUGCUCUUGAGUGAAAAUGGCAGAGCACUUCUCUUGCUGAAGAUAUUCAUUAAAAAAACAAACUCGGUGAUCCAGCCUUCAGCUUCAGCCAAUAAUUGAUCGCCACUGACAAAUCGUGAUAUUUUGCUCAACUCUGUUGAAUAAUUGUUAAUUAUUCAUCAGAAGUUAAGUGAGAGAGUUAUAUAUUAUAGAUGUGUGAAUUGAUUUUUGUCUAUGUGUAUUAAUUAUUAUGUUCAGCGCUAUGAAUACUACAUUUCUCGUGGAGUUCCAAACCAUUCUUUGGCAGCCCAAGAUCCAGAAGUAAUGGAAAGAAUACUACAGAAAAGAAUCCCAGAGAAACUGCGGCGAAAUACAGAACUUGAUCCUCUUGUCACUGAACUCAAGCAGGAGGUGGUCAGUGACUAUGACUUCAGUGUCCGCAAAGCAAUUGGUGAGUUGCAUAAACAUAGGUACUUGGUAAACCUAUGACUAAAUUUGGGAAGAAAACUAAAAAUUUUCCUUUGUAGCAAAUUAACUCAACUUUUUUUCAAUAUAAGUCAGUGUUUUGUGAACACUUCUCUAGCAUCAAGAAGCUGUGCAUGUUUAAUGAAACAAUUAGUGAAUAAUAAUUAUUUCACAUUCAAUGGUAGAUUAUGGCCAAUUUUGUAUUAAAGGCGCAUUUUUAUGGCUGCGGGUAAGUAUGUAUCUUAAAGCUUAUUUCCGAUUCAAAGGUUCAAUUAUGCAUGGCUCUAGCUGCUUGCUUAAAUUUAGAAGAUCUUAGUAGGGCUCGGCGGUCAUUCUCAUAAACAGCAAAAUAAUAGUUUCACCCGUCACAGGCAAUGUAUUCCUUACUUGUUACAUUUAACUGGUUGUUAAUAUUCAUCACUUUUUGUAAUUUGUUGGCCACAAAUCUAGUUACCACUUUUUGUAAUUUAUUUGUUAGCUACAAAUCAAGGUACUCAACAAAACUAUAGUGUUACCCCCAGAAACAAAUAAAAUCGUUAUUUGUUUUAACAGAUAAUGACCAUUGUUUCCCCUAAUUUUGCAGUUGAUUACAUACUAAUGGAUCCAUGUGAAAGACAAAGAUUACAUAUCAAAGAAACACCAAAAGCUUUUGCACUGAGGUAUUCGCUUAUUAUUCUAUUAUUUUCUUCUAUCUUCCCUAAAACCUAUAAUUUCACUAUAAAAUAGAUGUGGUGUUCAGGUGAAAUAUUUACCAUAAUAUGCUUUGUAUGAAGGACGUUUUAUAUUGGCUGUCUUUUAACUUCAACAAAGUUCUGGGUUGAGGCCUUAGUUUUUGAAGGCAUACAUUUACCUAUAAAACUAGGAUUUUUUUAAAUACAUUAACACCUCAACUACUCCACAAACGCUCAUGUGGAACGACCUUCCCGAUACCACUUGUGACAUAAUUAAAUUAAAUUAAACUAAUUAUGUCUAUAAAUUUUAUAGUCAUGUAGAACUUUGAUUCCCAACUUGUGCAGGCUGAUAAGAUCUUUUUAACCAUAGGAGCAGUCUUGAAAUUUUUGUUCUUGCUAUGCCUGAUUUUUUAAGGCUGUAAGUUUGCAUCAGGAACAAAAGCUCAAAUAGUGCUGGCCUUGUAAACAACAUUUUUGAUAAUUUUGGAGAUUUUUGGCCAAAGUUACCAGACAGCAGUUCGACUAGCUAGCUGUAAUGUCAUGUGUCGAUAAAAUUUCCAUAUGUUGAAUGAUGAUGUUGUUGAUGAUGAUUUCUGGAAGUUGAUGUUUUGUUUCUUCUUUAGGACUGUGAGAGCACCUGUUCCAUGGCGAAACACAUAUUAUUUAGCAAAAGAGUCCUGCACAAAGAAUCUGUUCAUUACAAAUCCAGUGAUGAUGAAAAUUCAGAACCUUUGGUAUGACAGGUAAGUGGUUUUAUUUUUAAUGUGAAAAAGUUGUGGACAGACUUACAGACAUACUGUGUAUAAGUCACUCAGUCAUGAAACAGAGUGAUGUCAAACAGUCUCAUGGACAGCCGAAGUGAGAUGAUGAUUGCUUCCAGAGUUAAUCAAAUGAUAUUACCAUGGGAUGCAAAUUUUUCUUCCUUUUCACUGGCUGAGAGCCCACCACGUGACCUGCAAUUAACUGCCUGCAAACAAUGGUUUGUUCUUGCGAAAUGUCUUCCAACUGUGUUUGGCUGCAAAUAAUAUUCUGCUCAUGUGUAAAUGAAACCACGCUUUUCUCCUUGUUGCGACCGUUCUUUCGUGAAGUUGGCAAUUUGUUUUGCUUCCCACUGACAAAUCACGAUCUUUUGCUCAACCUGGUCCAAUAAUAAUAAUUGUUAAAUAUUUAAUUGGGGAUUGAUUAUUUGUGAUGGCUAAAACUUAAGAAGGGUGUUUCUGUUUGCAUGUUAACAUUAAUUUCCCCCCUCUCCUUGUACAAGAUAGCUCCAAAGAAGGUUUGGAUUUCAGGUAGCAGGUCAGGGUGCAAAGAAAGUCAGUUUUACAGCCUGCCAUUUGGGCAAGCGGUAGCUAGCAUGUACUAGCCCACAAGUCAUUUCAAUUAGCUCCAAAACCCUUUUUGAUUAGCAGGAUUGAUUACCACCCUUCUGCAAUUUGAAUUUCCCAAAAAAAUUCACUUGCCCGUUGGGCAAGUUAAGAGCAGUAUUCACUAGCCCGAAAGCAAAAUCCACUACCCCUGCACUAUCGGACAUGACUUUCUUUGCACGCUGCAGGUUUUGUGCCUUUAGUUUACUUUUCAGACCAAAAUGAUAAUUUUUAAUCAUUAAUUCUCUGUUGUGUUUCUCAAGAUUCUGUGAUGUAAGGUUUGUUGAUGGUGAAAAGCUGUUAGCCUCUGGCCUCCCUGUUACUCCUGCAGAGUUUGAAUCCCUUGUCAAACAGCAGUGUGCAACAACAAGAGAAUUUCUUAAAAGAACGUAAGUAUACAUGAAGGAGGGCUCAACACUUUUGAGUUUUAUCUUCCUUUAUGAUCAUACUGGAUUUUUCAUGUUAAAUUAAUGCAUUAGUUUAUCUGAAGUUUAAAAGAAGAAAGUUUUCUACAAUAAAAUUCUAAACAUGUCUAAUUGUUUGCCUUCACCAACCUAUACUGCUGAAAUUGUCUCUUUAUAUAGAUUUCUUACAAUGAUAUUUAGUGACACUUAGUAAUCUUGGUGUUUCAAGCAAUGCGAUUGGUUCGCUAUCUCAGAUUGUGAUGUCACUGUGAUGGACUAUUUACCUGAUUGAUUAUUUAUAGAUGGAUUCCAGCAUGUGCAAAAAUCCUUAUUGAUGAGCGCCAGGAAUGGAUGCACUUGGUUCCCAACUCAGAGGGUGAUUCUACCAUCCUUGUACAGCAGUUCUUUGCAUGUCUUGCAGCACUCAUGUCCACUCAGCUUCGCAGCCUUGUUAUCAACUCCCUUGCAGACUUUGUCAGCUUUUUAAGUUUCUACAAGGUAACUACUUCUUAACUUUUAACCUACAAUCCUGGACAAAAGUCCUUGUGACAGUGAUGCAGCAUUUGUGAUACUAUUAUCUGUAAUUUCUGAGUGCCCUCAUAAAUAUUAAUGGUGCAACCUUUUUGAAAAUAUCUGGCAGUUCUUCCCACCCUAUACAAUGCUGAAACUCAGCAAAAGUUUGGGAUACACACUUCCAAUGUUGUUUUUGGUGUGUGGGAAAGGUAAGAGCAUGUGUGGUUUUAAAAAAGCUGCACAAAUGCAAAUUUGUUUCAAGGCUUUUGUCCAUAAUUAUAGCUCGAGACGGUGCAAAGUUGCUAGCUUAUUGUCUUGACUAUAACCUUGAGACUUACUUCUUUUAUUUAGUACCUAGUAACAGACGUUUUUUGUUAUUUAUCUUGAUAAUGACACUGUGAAUAAUUGUUUUCUCUAGAAUGGGAACGAUUUUGGAGAAACUUAUUCUGACUUGGAGUAUGUCAAAACUCAGGUAUGUGAUUAAUAAAGCAGGGUUCAUGGUACAGUAUGGUAGUGGGCAAUAUUCUUAAUUAUAAAUAAUAUUAAUAAUAAUAAUUAUUAUUAUUAUUGUUAUUAUAAUGCUUUAGUGCCAGGAACCAGUAGUGUUAAACAAACUUCUGAGCCAUGUUGUGAAGUUCCAAUCCAUCAUGGAAGGUUUUAAGCUCCAUGCAGUGGUUAUCAGCAUUAGAUUUCUCUUUUUAGGGGUUAAUGCUGAAUCAGUGUGAAAUGUUGCAACAAUUAAUGGCAUGAUAAAAAUGCCCUACCCCAGUCAGUGACAAUGUUUUUGGACUUCAACAAGGUUUCUUGAACUUUGACUCAUUUAUGAACUUCCUUUGUUCGCCAGAUCAUGACAGUUCAGCUGAAGAUUGAUGGUGGCAAGUUGACCUUUGACCCUCCAUUCAGAGAACUGCGUGAUAUCCUGCUCAGACUCGUGACAGAUAUUGUGCAAAAUGCAGCAGAGCUACCAAGGGUAAUUCACUUACAGAGUUUCUAGAGAACCUUUUUUGGGCUGUUCAAGGAACUAUAUUUAACUGAUUAAAAAUGAUUGUUUUGUAAUAUCAGCAAACGUCUUGAGCAGCAUGAAGUUAAUAUGUGUUCUGCUACAACACUUUGGAAUAUGUAAAACUCCAAAGUAAAACAUUAAUCUGUUUGCCUGGCCCCAGUUGUUCAAAAGGUGGAUAGCGCUAUCCACUGGAUAAAUCUCUAUCCAGUGGAUAGCGCAACUGGUUUCCCUAAUACUUAUCAGCUGGAUAGCGCUAUCCAACAUUUGUACAAGCGGGGCCUGGUCCAUAAUAACUUAUAAUUUAGGAUUAACUAGUGGUGAAAACCAUAGCACAAUAAGUAAAAAAAAAAAAGAUGCAAUAGACCUUUUUACCGAUACGGCGGCCAUAUUGAAUUAAUUCAAUUUAAGCAGUAUUAUAGGAUACCCAGGGGGCAUGAGCCCAUUUCGUUUGUAUUUUCGAGCGCUUUUCAGGACAUUUUUUCUUCAAGUUUUCUUACAAUAAGAUUGUAAUGGGAAAAAAGAUCCUUGUACCGCGUUUGGAUGUAAUAAUGAUUGCCUUUUUCUAGUAUUAAAAACAUGGUCUUUCACUGUAUAUUUCUCGGAGAAAAGGCUAUCAUUAUUACAUCCAAACACGGCACAAAGAUCUUUUUUCCUAUUACAAUCUUAUUCUAAGAAAACUUUAAGAAAAAAUGUCCCGAAAAGCGCUCGAAAAUACAAACGAAAUGGGCUCAUGCUCCCUGGGCAUCCUAUAAUACUCCUUAAAUCAAAUUAAUUCAAUAUGGCCGCCGUAUCGGUAAAAAGGUCUAUUAUUGUCUUUAUCAAAGAGUUACAAUGUAGUAUGGGUUUUUCAACUGUGACUGAGGUAUCAUUAAUUUUGUAUAUUCUAUCUUUUUCUUUAGGUUGAAAUUGAACUGUUUCCUGAUAUGAAAGACAAGAAAUUGUUUCUUCGUUCAGUUCAUGUUGAAGAAGCGCUGGUUCAAGACCACAUGAAUGAGGCAGUGGAUGUGUUCAAACUCAACACAGUGGGACCACAAAAGUAGUUGUUGUAAUAUUUAACUUUUUCACUCCUAGACCACAUUAUUUGUGCCAAGAUUAUUUGCCGCUUCUUUAACUACUUCGCCUCUUCUUCUGUUGCCGUGAGGCCUUAAACACUUCUCCGCCAAUCUUCCCUAUUCGUCAAACAAGCAUGGACUUGGUCCCACAACUUGUUGUUAUAUUAAACUUUUUCACUCCCAGAUCACAUUAUACAUGUCGAGAUGAUUUGUCACCUCGCUACCUACCUUGCCUGUUUGCGUCGUGUUGCCGUUAGGCCUUCUCACCUCUCUGCCAACCUUCCCUAUUUUUCAAACAAGCAUGGACUUGGUCCCACAACUUGUUGUCAUAUUUAACUUUUUCACUCUUAGACCACAUUAUAUAUGUCAAGGUUAUUUGUCACCUCCCUACCUACCUCGCCUCUUUGUAUCCUGUUGCCGUUAGGCCUUCUCGCCUCUCUGCCAACCUUCCCUAUUUCUCAAACAAGCAUGGACUUGCUGUUAUAUUUAACUUUUUCACUUUUAGACCACAGAUAUGUCAAGAUUAUUUGUCACCUCCCUGCCUACCUCGCCUCUUUGCAUCCUGUUGCCGUUUGGCCUUCACACCUCUCCGCCAACCUUCCCUAUCCCUCAAACAAGCUCUGACUUGGUCCCACAACCUCCAUCCUGCCUCUGCAGUCUGCUUUUUCUACAUCCUGUACCAUCCAGCGCAAAGUUGUCUAGAGCAUCCACUGUUUCACUAUUCAUUCUGUGGACAAAUUCCUAUAAUGUUACCAUUUUAAUGAAACCUCUUUGGAAGAACUUUGCAUAGUACUACCUAUUUCUUAAGCUUUUUACAAAAAAAAGAAAUUUGCAUUUUUAGUAACUGUCUCACUUUUCCUACUUUCAAGAGUGAAAGGAUAAAUACUACUUACUGAUAUUGCCAUAUUUUUUUUCUACUGCAUAGUGUUUAGGUGGGGACAUAUGCAACAAUUCUUUUUAUUUGAUAGGUACUUGAAUACAUACAAGAAAUACCAAGAUUUGCUUAACAACAAAGCAGAAACAGAAAUAAAUGCUUUCAUUCAAGAUGAGCCUGUACUGCUUUCCUUGUCCAAGGUACUAUUUUUUUUUUACCCUGAAUGUUGCUUUGAUAUUAUAAAAUGUGAAGAUAUGGUUUAUUAUUCAGGUACAGUCAGCUUUUUAUCUAGCAUAACGCCAAUGUCUGUCGACAUUAUUCAGGUACAGUCAGGUACAGUCAGCUUUUUAUCUAGCAUAACGCCAAUGUCUGUCGUAGUAGGGUACACGUAAGCAAAUUUUUGACAAGUUUAGCUUCUUUCUGAUAAUAAUUACUUUUGGUAGUAUGCCUACUUUGUAUAUGUCAAUUUCAUUUUACUUCUCUCUUUUGCCUUGCUCAGGCUUUUCAGAUUGAUUUCGCGUUUUGCAUUUUAUUCUAGCAAAAUUACAAAAUUUAUGGUGGGCCACACUGGGUAGGCUAUUGGGUGGGCCAUAGGUGGGCCAUGGCCCACCCAAGGUUUUGUAUGCACCUUCACAUGCAUCUUCACAUCACAGUCCCAACAUGCUAGUAUUCUUACACCUGAGCAAUUGCUGUUGGUGACUGAACUCUCACCAUAUCUGUCAGAACUUAAUCAUGUAUUUUCCUUCUCUCCUCCAGAAAAUUGAUUCAUACCAGAAUCUCUCCAAGGAAAUUGCUUCAUUGCAUAUUACUGUUCCCCUAAACAUGCUCUGCUUAAACUGCGAUGAUGUCAAUCAAGAAUUGUCUGCUCGAGCUGCACGUCUGGCUGACAAAAUGAUCCACUAUGUUGUAGAUCAGAACAGAGAUAAAAACAGAGGGUAAAACAUGUUUGAAGUGUGGCUCUUUCCACUAAUGAAAUGCACCAUCUUAAGAUAAUUGACGUCAACCUGAAAAUAACCACUGAAGCCCGGGGGCGGGACUCUGCAUAUGAAAGGGGUGGGGAUGCUUGUCGGAAAUUUUGAAUUAAACCCCUAAAAGAGACCGAUCUGGGCGUAGCCCAAACUUUUUUUGACCCCUAAAAGAGACCAUGUUAAAACACAGACAAUACACAUAUUUUUAUAUUUUUUCACGUGCCACCCUAAACGAGAUCUUCACGGCUAAAUAUGAUGGCGUUUUGCCCAGAACACCCUAAGUGAGACCAAAAUCCGAAACUUACACCCUUAAGUGAGACGACGAGCAUCCCCACCGCUUUUAUAUGCGGAGUCCCUCCCCUGGCCACUGAAGCUCUCCACCAUCAGGCUUUUUUAGAGGAUUUGAGGUUUACAAAGUGAAAGCCAAAAAGUAGAAAUGACAAAGUAGAAACAAGUGAAAAUCAAACGAUUUUCUUGCAUGCUACAAAUAAAACAGUUUUGAACUUGAAAUUUGGUUAUGGUCUUUGUUCUCCGCCAUCUGUUUGUUAUCUGUCUUAGCGUCUGAAAGAGUCGUAGGUUUAUUAAAAAAUAAAAAGUAGGUUGAGUUUGAUCGUCCGGGUGAACGUAGUCCUGAAUAGGACUGUAGUUGUUGACAGUGACUGACGUUUGGACAACCUGUGCAGUAGUCAUCUUCAGAGCCAAAGCGAGUUGUAUCACGUCAGUUGAUGGUAUUAUACUCUGGUUAAUAAAAACAGGAAAAUUAACGGUUAAAAAUAGUAAUGAUAGUGAUAAAAGCUAAUUCAAAGUUAUUUGUAAUUGCAUUUGUAGACUGUGUAGAUCCUACGAUGAGAUAUCAGACAAAGUCCAAGAGAUGCCUGACAACACAAGUGACUUGGUUGCUCUGACGCAAUUCUUAGAGAACGCCAGUUCUGUUACUGUAGUUAAUUUGCAGACUGCUGUUGAUGAGGCCGGGGAGAGACUGUUGUUUUUACUGGAAUAUGCCACACUUCCAUGUAUGUUAGCUUUUUUUACUCGUUUGAUAUUUCCUAACUUACUCGUAGAGUUCACCCAUAAAGUCUCCUGUUCGUUUACGGUCGUUUCGCCUACGAGUCGUUUCGCCAACGUCCUGUUCGCUAACUUCUGUCGUCGUUUCGCGUACGUGUUGAGUCAGUUCCCUAAGUGCUUUCUCCUGAUCAGUGGCUGAAAGAACGAGGUAUAUACGUGCUUAUCGCACUUUUUUGUAUCAUAGCUGAGAGAACGAAGCAUAUACAUGCGUAGCGCUCGUUUCGCUUCUUAGCGGAACGACAUAAGACGUUAGCGAAAGGGACGUUAGCGAAACGACUCGUAGGCAAAACGACCGGUCAGCCUCCUGUUACUCAGUGGUAGAGCAUCUGUUCUUGUAACCAGUGUGUGUGUGUGUGACUCUUGUUGGAAGAACUCCGUGUCUUAUUUUCACAGUCGCCUGUGUCACUUACUAAGCAAAAAAGCAUCAUUCUCCCUGCCUAUUUGCUGCUUUUUGUGUUACAUUUAUAGUUGUAGAACUGUAACUUUUAUUUAAUUACUAAGCAUUAACAAAACAUCGCUCUUGCUUUUCAGACGAGGAUCUGAAAUUGAACAGCACUGUUUUCCACUGGCCUGAGCACAUUCAAAAGAUAUUUGAGCUUAGCAAAAACAGGAUUGGACAUAGAAAGGAUCUUGCGAUGGAUGAGGUCAAGAGAAAGUAAGUGAAUAUUAUUUUACAGUGUAAAAAAAAGUUCUUUUUCUGUUGGCUGUUUUGUGAAUUUGGCAAAUUCUAUGAUCACUGGAGAAGUAAACAUCAUAGCAAAUCUUGGUACCAAGUUCAUUAAAAUAGCUACUUUGUGGACCGGCCAGAGCCCCUUUAGAAUUUUUUUGUUAGGAGGAGAUUAGCUGAGAUCGCGGCAAUGUGAAAAUUUUAGCAGCUCACAAAUUCAGAUGAUGAGAUUUUGGAUCCUUAAAGUUCUGUUAAAACUAUCACUUAAGGAACUGUAAAGGUCAAACUAAUGGCUUGCAUGUCUUGAAAAAUUGUAUGUAACAGUUAGUCUUCCACGUUGUGCUGCAGAAAAGAACAUUGCGAGACUACCCAUCUAACCUUUUCUAGGCGUCCAGAUAGUCGAGGGUAGCGCGAAAUGGAGAGCGGAGAGGAAAAAGGCAAAAGGAAAGAAGAAGGGGAGAGUGAGGGAACCUUCCCUCUCUCCCUACCCCCACCCCCUCGCAGUUUUUUGGCUAAACAGUCUACGAUCCAUCUGAUCGCUCGCAGAUCAUGUAACCUUAUAUUGAAAACGUUAUCGUAAUUAGUUUUUCUUUAUUUUUUUUUUCCCAAGGGUCAAGGCAUUUGAAGAUAAACUUAAUGGUUACAAUAAAGAAGUUGAAGCGUUUAGAAAGAAAGAGGCAAGUGAUUAAGACGGAAACCACUAGGAAAUUGAGUAAUUUUUAUUUUCAGGGGACAAAAACCUUGUACCAGAAUAUUUUAAGCCAUAUCGCAUAAUUUCUUUCGUACACUUUUCAAGUUUAUAGCCCUCGAAAAGUGUUAAACAAGAAUGCAAUAUGAUUGGAAUUAUUCUGGCACUAGGUUUUUGUCCAAUGAAAAUUAUAAUUACUCAAUUUCCUAAUGCAUUCCAUCUUAAAGAACUGUUUAUUUUUGAGUGACGUGAAUUUUGUGUGUUUUUAUCUUUCAUUUUAUAGUUUUCUUCGAAUGCUCACAUUGUUUCUCUUUUGAUUUUAGAUAAUGGCAGUAGAUGAAAUGAAAAAGAAUGUUGAGAAACUUGAUGAACUUGAAGAAGCACUGAAAAAUGCCCAAGAAGAACUAAUUGUAAGUUAAAAUUCCACUGCAUUACUCAGGUUUUAAAUAAUGAGUCAUGUUCGGUAGUUUCAUUAGAAUUCAUUAACUCGAACGGAAAAGAUAUAAUAUUCCUCAUGUCAGAAGCAUGGAACAAGGAAAGCAACAAGCUUUUUCUGCCGGAUUUAAAUUGCAUGAACAACUCCUCUUUAGCUUUCCUGGCUGACAAGAUGGGAAUGUGGGAGUGUUUUUUUUUUUGCGAAGCCACUGUUAAAGAAAAUCGCGGCGAGAUCUCUAUUUUAGUCAUCUCCAUUCUUUUCGCGUAUUGGCUGCUUUUGUGAUCUUCGUUUAUAGCUGCGGACGACAAGUCUCGCCAGCUACUCAGGCUACUCUUACUGAGCUACGAUGAGACACAUGGCAUGCUUGGUCUUUUACAUGUACUACUGCUUCUUAUGUACAGCUGUAUCAAGUGUCCCACUUUAAUACUGCUAUGAUUACCCGAUUUUUUUUUAUCUCGUCACGCAAAGCUCCUCCUCAGUCAAAAACGACUGCGUAGAAAAAGACGAUGCUCGGAUCAGCAGUGAUUGAAGCGUGUUUUGUGGCUAUAAAACAAGGCUAUUUCCGAGUUCAAAAAACCCUCACUUUCAAAACGAGGCUAAGUGCAAAUUUUUACCUGUGAUAAUGAGUUUCAUCUACAGGGGAGUAAAAAAUCAUUUUCAACUCAAUGGUUUGGUACUUAGCCUCACUUUGAAACAGAGGCUUGGGGCAACUCGUUAAUUGCUUAUUAAGAGCGUGUUAACCCUUUCACUGCCAAAUCUGGUCAAAGGUAAAAUUCGACAAAAAAUCCCGAAUUUCAUUUUGUGAAAUUUUGAAAAACAAGUAGUACCAUGUGUAAGUACAGGUAGAGAGGUUUCAUUUGAAUGGUCACACCAUAGGGUUUCGUCUACAGACUCAAAAGUUAGAGUCACCCUUACAAAACUCCAUCAAGCACUCUGGCAGUGAAAGGGUUAAUGAAAUUAGAAAGAUGUAGCUGUAGUAUUCUUUAUUCUGUUUACUGAUGUUGUUAUACUUUGCUUUGUAGCAAGUGAAUACAGAAGAGGAAUUGUUAGAGUUUGAGGCCACACAGUUCCCGAUUCUCCAAACUAUGAUGGCUUACAAAGAACCUUAUGACAAGCUAUGGAGAACAGCCUUGUCUUUCCAUAACAAACAUGAAGCCUGGCUUAACGGUAAGCAUUGAGACUUUCCUUUUAUAAAGUAAUGAGCGAAGUUGGCUGACCGGUAAAACUCAAUGACAUUAUGUAUUAGUAAAGAUAAGCAGUCACAUUCAACAUUUCAAACAGGCUGGGUAAACGUUCAGUAAAAAGAGCAACUGGAAAUAUUAGAUCCGGUAAUGAGGGGCAUUAAGCAUGGAAUAAAAAGCACUUACAGUUCUAAUAGUGCUUGCGUGGCAUACGUACCGCCCAUGUAAAUAUAGCCGUUAAUGCCUUUUAAGGCUGAGGUGAUAUACCUGUAAGUUAGUGACUAAAAGCGAAGUCCUUGUUUUCCUGGCCAUUCGAUUUUUUUCUCCGUAGAGGUCAAGUCUAUCCAUUUAACCCCACAGAUUCUCCAUAUACAGUGAUAUUAGGGAGCUUAAGCAACGAAGUGAAUUCGCGCUGCCUCAAACUUAAUCGCGCUUAAUCCAUCUCGUUUAAUUCGUCAAAUGUUGGCAUAUUUCUUUGGAGUUGAAGGAUUCUAUCAAAGUUCAGGAAAAUGAAAAGAAAAUGGUUGUUUAGUGUUCCCGUCCUCGACAAAGCGUGAAAUUUCAUCUUCGUUUAAUUCGUUUCAAAUUGCCGGCAAAUUUUCAAAAGGCGGGGGAAAAACGGUUGUUUAGUUUGGUUCUAUUUUUCUUCUACGAAGCGUGAAAUUAGGCACUUUCCCGGCCCCCGGCUUGUGACAACCCCUGGCGUUGUAGUCGUGCAACGACAGUUAAGAAAUGUUCCAAAAAAGCGUGAUGCACGUGCAAAGUUGUUAUUUUACCAAUCUAAACCUAUUGGUUUUUUGCCAUUCUCGUUGCCGUCGCCGUCGUCGUUGCUGAAGUUCCCUUUUGUUAAAAUACCAACUUAAGUACCUUCAGUGGUCUUUGCACUCCAGGUCCCUUCACCAUACAGCAGAACAGAGAGCGCACGUCUUCUAUAGGACGACUAAAUCAUUCUACUUCUGUUUGCUUUCAAAAGGGCCAUUUACCGACAUUAACUCAGAAGAGGUUGAAGAGGAAAUUGGCAGCAUGUACAGGACAGUGUUGAAACUGACCAAAACCUUCGGAGAUGCUCCAGGACCAAGAAGAGUGGCUGACAGCGUCAAAAGCAAGAUCGACAAGUUCAAAGUUCACAUCCCACUCUUGCAGAUUAUUUGUAAUCCUGGCCUCAGGGAGCGGCAUUGGGAACAGGUAAAAGGAAUGUCCACUCUGUUGAUAGAUAUCUUUGGGGAGUUAGUGAGUGCCGAAUCCAGACCUUGAGAUAAGGUGGGGGGGGGGGGGGGGUCAUCCAGAACCUUUGAUAAGGGAGGGGGCCCCUCCUCCCCCCUGGAUCCACCACUGGACAGAACUGUCAUUUCUACGUGGUCAUCCAAGCCACACCUUCUUUCUUAGUGCUGUUAGAAAACUAAGUAUUGGUCAGGCGCCCGGGAUCGAACUCGCGCAGACCAUCAUUCUACGUAUCAACUAAGCUACCCCUUCAUGGUGAUCAAAUGGAAUUCAAUUUAGUUUUGGUGUUUCACUAAUAAACACUCUUUGCAGUUUGAAAAACAUAUGGAGUAAUUUCAUAUGCUCUUUAACUUAUAAACAUAGUUGUCUUACAAUGUUCACUAUAACUUGGGACACAGGGAUACCACUAAAAUCCAUAGAUGUUGUAGAUAUACUUGGCACCCAGGCUUGGGGAACAAAACAAAACAAAUCAGCUUGAACUUCACGGAUGAAUUAAUACACUUCUUUUGCCUUAUUUCCCCCAAGAAUAGAACCGAGUGUGAAUUUAAAUACGUUAUAUCGAAAUAAUUUGUUUAUUGAUGAAUAAAGUAGAUAUAUUUGGUUGUUGCAGAUGAGUGAAGUUGUUGGGUUCGACAUCAAACCUGAGGCAACAACAUCCUUGUGUAACAUGCUGGAGUACAACCUUCACAAGCACACAGAAAAGUGAGUUUUUAAAUUACCAUUCCGCAGUUCUUAUUGGGGCGAGAAGAACACUAAUCUUUGGUUUUCCUGUGGUUCUUUGGGUGUCCUGUUGCUAUUUAGGCAUUGCAAUCUGGAUUUUUGUUUGUCAUGAUGAUUUUAGCAAGUAUGUCCAACGGUGUCAUCAUGACUUAAUUUUAAAUCGUAACACUCUUAUUUCGUCAUUUUUGUUGCACUGCUAAGGUUCUCACAUUGUAAAGCGCGCAAACAGUUUCAAAUUAUUUUUGUCCAAUUAAGACGCAAAUCUCAAAGAACUCGUGAUUGUAGGACUCCUUUAUCCCACAGCUAUUCAUUGACCCAAUCGGAGGGUCUGUAAUUAGCAAAAUGCGUAGAUAAGUUCAUCGGUUCUCAGAUAUUUUACUACCCAGCAUCUGCUCGCAGCAUUUACACUUUGUAACCUCUAGUUAUAUUUACGUAGUUUUUUUUAAAAUGAUGGAAGGAUUAAGCAAAUGUCAAUGAUGUAAGUAACUGAUUAAUUUGUUUCCUUCAAGACUGGAUGAGAUAAGCGGUGCUGCUAGUAAAGAAUUUGGUCUUGAGAAAGCCAUGGAGAAAAUGAAAGUUGAAUGGAAAGACAUGUACUUUGAGUUCACUCCUUACAGAGAUACGGUAAGUAGACAAAGGCACAGCAAACGUUUGUAGUAAAUUACGUUCCCGGUUCAAAAAGUUAGACAUUUACUAGGUUGUUAUCUGAUCUCAAUUUUUUCUAUUGCUUUGCUUGCCAGGGUGUAUCCAUUCUCUCUGCUGUGGAUGAUAUACAACUGUUGCUUGAUGAUCACAUUGUCAAGGCGCAGACCAUGAGUGGAUCACCAUUCAUCAAGCCUUUUGAGGCAGACAUCAAGGUUUGUCAACUUCGUCACCAAUACUGUGUAAAUUGUCUUAUCACAAAUAAUUCCCUGGCCACUCCAGAAACUUUAAGAGGAAUGGGUACAAGCUUGCCGCGCAAUGAUUUCUGGGAUCCUUUGGGUGGAAAAGCUUGAGUUAUGAUCGGUCGAUGUUAGCGUUAGGUGUGAUUGGUCAAGGCAACUAUUAACCAAUCAUCAUAGGUAAUGCUUGUCCACCCAAACCAUCCCAGAAAACGUUGCACCGAAAGCGUUUGUUUCUCAAAACCUACUCGAAAUGAAAAGAUUUGGUAUUGUUGUUUUAAGGAAGUGGAUUUUUGUGAUUGGAUAACGAUGAAUAACUGCUAGAUUUGGCUGAGAUGCCAUAGCUCUCUCAAUCGUAUUCCAUCUUUUGAACCGCUGUAUGUGAAGACCUUUUGAACGGUUAUUUUUCUACAUCAUAAUAACGUAAUUUUUUAUCUCACUGUGCUUCAAAUGCGAUACCAGACACCACAAAGAUUCAUUAGUUGGGGUUCUUCUCAAUGCCCAUUCCUGCGGUAAAAAUUAUACAAUGCAUUUUUUGAAAUCUUUUCUCUCUACAGGAAUGGUGUGAAAAGCUAAUCGAAAUGCAAGAUAUACUUGAUGCUUGGCUGAAGGUUUGUUUCUUCGCUUUUAAAGUGCCAUAAUUAAAUAUACACUGUAGUAUUAAGAUUGUUGUUGGUUGUGUGUGAUAUUGGACGUACUCUGUUGGCAGAGACUACUUUCAUUGUAUGGACUGGCAUACGUAUAGUAAGUAGCUUCUGCCGAAAAUUGUCCCAUGCAUGCGUUAAUUGAGUCAGGCAAUGACGCAUUUUUAAUUUAGCGCGCUAUCAGUGCGACUGAAAAAAAUAACUGGAUAAAACCACAACUUUUUUGUGUUAAGUCUAAAAACGUGCCUUAUUGUUUUCGCUAGUCUUACAAAGCGUGCACAUUAGGUAACACGACAGCAAAUCGAGGUAUUACCAAACCAGUCAAAAUGAGGUUAGAAACCAGUUAUUUUCAAUAUAUUCGUCCACACUUUUGGGUGGGAAUAGACGGUUAUCAGCAGAGGGUUUUAUCAGCACACUAGUAGUUUUGUGGAAAGAUAACCCCUGCUCUCAAGGUACCUACGAGGAAUUGCGCGAGGAGAAGGGUCGCGCAGAAGGUUUCUUUCUCUUUUUCUCUUUCCUUCUCAACAAAUAUCCUUCAUAUUUGGGUAAAAAAAUGCUUACAUAUAAAUUUUCUUAAUUAAUUUUCUUCGUUGGCUUGUUCGUUAAAUCGAGUAUUUUUUUAAAAGCAUGAUUCGUGUUCAAUGUCCAUCUUUGAACUGAACGCUACUACACAGUGUACUAUGUGUAGUUCUCUAAGUUUUCUGGAAAACUACCCACCUACCCCUCCCCUAAGCUAACAUUAACACUUACUUCUCACUUAGGUUAAAAUGGUGGCUUAGGGGAGGGGUAAGUGGGCAGCAAUUGAUGCUCGUUAAUUCUAAUGUGGUGCCAAGCAACAUGGCUGUACCUUGAACCAAUCUUCAACUCCUGUGAAACUACCCACCUACCCCUCCCCUAAGCUAACAUUAACACUUACUUCUCACUUAGGUUAAAAUGAUGGCUUAGGGGAGGGGUAAGUGGGCAGCAAUUGAUCUUCGUUAAUUCUAUUGUAGUGCCAAGGAAUAUGGCUGUACCUUGAGCCAAUCGUCAGUUCAGAGGACAUAAUGGCUCAGAUGCCACCUACCCCUCCCCUAAGCUAACAUUAACACUUACUUCUCACUUAGGUUUAAAUGAUGGCUUAGGGGAGGGGUAGGUGAUUGAUCCUCGUUAAUUGUAUUGUAGUGCCAAGCAACAUGGCUGUACCUUGAGCCUAUCUUCAGUUCAGAGGACAUAAUGGCUCAGAUGCCAGAGGAGGGACGCAAGUUUGGAAUAGUAGACAGCUACUGGAAGGACAUCAUGGGAGAAGCAGUAAGUGGCCAACAGACCUUAUUUUAGGAUUGAUGGGAUAAAAGCAAUGUCACGUGGUAUUCCAGGCGGCAAACAAGUGAUAAAAUUUGCCAAUACAAGUAAUCGCGGUCGAGUUUGUGUAUUUUGUCAAAACGAGACGACGAUAUAAGUCUUGCAAAAUGUCCAGUUCGAGUUUUGGGAAGUUUUACGUCAGUAUUGCUUGCUGUAAGGACAUCUACGUCGCUACUGCAUUUAAAAAUGUAACAACUAUCACUUCCAUCCAUAAUUUAAGAUAAAUGUCGAAUUGAACUAUGGAAUUAUUUUAGGGCCGCUAUCACUUCUUUUAAAGGCUCCCACUUUAGUGUUGCGCAGGAAGCUUGGUCAAAAUUCAUCCCCCCAAAUAUUCUCGUAGUCCAAUUUAUCACAACUCUGACCCAGUCUCAGGUGAAACCUGUAAAUGACUAGUAUAACUUACAAAUAAAGUAAGAAAUAAUUUUAAGAAAAGUCAUACGACAGUUUUUAAUUUUAGUAGACAUCUUUUGGAUGAACAGCAUCCAUCGUCAGUACAUGCAGAGCCUGUUAGUGGCUUUAUCAUAUCAGUCAUAAUAACACACUUCUUUUUGCCUUCUACAGCUCGUGACAACUUUAUCCUCAUCAUACUUAAUUGUUAAGUUUCAAGGAGUUCGCUUUCAUUAAUUUUGCAACCGUCGCAAACGACAUCAACAUAUUCUGUAAGAGAUCCUUAUACAUAUGAAAGAUUUAUACAGUCUCGCCUACCUUGUACCUGUAACAUUUGAUGUAAAUAUUGUUCUAGGUGAAAGACACGCAAGUUCUUGUGGCAACCGCUCAGCCUAACAUGCUGGGAAGACUAAAUGAAUCCAAUCAACUGCUGGAGGAAAUUCAAAAGGGUCUUAAUGCUUACCUGGAGAAGAAACAACUCUUCUUUCCAAGGUAAAUUGUCUAACAGUCCUACAUUAGUUGAAAAUUGGCCUCUUCCUUAUGCAUUGGUCAGGGUCCCUGAACAUCACUUCUUCGUGGUUAAACGAGCGACCACAAAAGACGCGGAAUCCUGGUGCAGAAAACUUGGGGCCAGUCUCGCUGUCCUUGGAGUGGCGAAUAGUGCGAUGUUGAGAGAUUGCCGCAGCAAUUCUUGGAGACAAUUGGCAGAGUAUCAUUUUCUGCCCAAGACAAAAACGUCUGUCCGUCGGUCACGGGAGCUUUAUCAGACCGUGAGCACGGUUUAUUUGAUGCUACAAUAGGUGGCAAAAUUGUUGCUACGUGGUCCUCAAAUGGGGUAACGUCGCAAUCCACACCCCUCCCCUCUCCCCUCCAUUCAAAGUUGGGGUGCAGGUAGCUCGAACAGCGGCACAACAAUGCAUUGUGGGGGUGGGGGAGGGAAAGAUUUAUGACUUGUCGAGCUCUCUUAAAUUAGACUUCUUCAUACUCAGGUUUUUCUUCUUGUCAAAUGAUGAGCUGUUGGAGAUUCUAUCCGAGACCAAAGAUCCAUUGCGAGUUCAGCCGCACUUAAAGAAAUGUUUUGAGGGAAUAGCCAGGCUUGAGUUCACGGAAGAUCAGGAGGUUGUGGGAAUGAUUAGUGCCGAGAAUGAAACAGUACCAUUCAGUACUAAAAUCAUUCCUGCUAAAGCAAAGGUAACACCUUUAAUGUGUAAGAAUUUGUUUGACCUUGCUUAACUGUAAUAAAACCUACAACCAAGAUGUUCCUGUUGGAAGAAAGCAUUGCACUUAAAACGCGAAGUUCUUUUCUUCGAAUCGAGUUACGCAAAUGAUUAAACCUAAACUAACUGAGUGAUUAUAAUUGCCUCCAUCACCAUUUUUUCAUUUUCUGCGCUGUGUACGUUAGAAAACAUUUUUCGGAUUUUCAUUCUUGAUGAUGUGAAGGUUGUGAGAUAACUUCACCUCUGCGUUGCAUUUCUAGGGCAUGGUUGAAAAGUGGCUCUUUCAAGUUGAAGAAGUCAUGAUUAGCAGUCUGAAGAAAGUUACAGAGGAUGCAGUAAAUGCUUAUAACCAGACUCCUCGCGGCAAAUGGGUGCAAGAGUGGCCUGGGCAGGUAAGAUGCGCAAUUAAAUACAGUCAACAUCAGAUUUGUGUUUGUCAUGUUACUGCUCUGUUGAUCAGCCCCUAAGUUCGCCUGAUAUGUCAGCAAUGUCUCAUUGCUACUGCUAGAACCAUGCAGAUGAUGAGAUAUCUACUAUAGGAUCUAAGCGAGCUUGCAGACCCUAUGUGAGGCCUGUAUCGUCAAGUCGCAAUCUUACAAGAGGCGUUAGAAAAGCUAAGUCAGUGAUGCUAUAAGAAUUCCUUAUCCUUUCACCCGGCAAAGUACAAAGUGCCUCCCCAUACAUCUUCACCCGAAAAUAAAUUAUUAUUACUCUGAGCACGCUGUUACUUUGGCUCGUGACUAUUAGAUGGGUGUCAGAUUCAAAACUUUUUUCAGGUAUAAUGGUUUACACCAAGAUCACUUAGCCUGCGUAGCAGACGUUAUUUAACCUCGGUUAGUAACGUCUGCGAGGCAGCGACGAUGCCCUUUUUCUGGGCCCUCAAGGGACUCAACGAAUUACCGAAAGAGCGUUUCGAAUUUCCUAGCCUGCGUAGCAGGCGCUUGGAAGUAGUGGGCAAAAGAAAACACACGCGCGAGAGAAGGAGACAAGCGAGGGGAGAGGGAGCGUGUCUCCCUCGCGCGCGCCCGUUCUCUGUUUCGCCCACUACUUCCAAGCGCCUGCUACGCAGGCUACGAAUUUCCUUUCAUCCUCAUUGGAAAAUUGACAAUGGAUUUUUUUAGCAAGCCAAUCAUGGCUCGUACUCAAAUCCUGGUACACAGAUGGGGUUCCCAACAAGAACAAGGAUUUCGGCGCUGUUUUGCAGACGGACUUAACCAGAGUUUAGUUUCGUCUGUGCAGCAGGCUAAGAUCACUUUGUCACCCUGUAUUUGAUAGAAGUGUAAAGAGGAUCUGAGGAAUGUUACUUUAAUGCUCGAGUGUAUGUAUCCCAUUUACAUUACUUUGCCUUUUCUUUAGAUUAUUUUAGCUUGUAGUGGUAUAUUUUGGACUGCAGAAGUGUCGCAAGCAAUUCUGGAGAAAGAUGGCCUUAAGGUAAAGUAGUUUUGGAUUAAUACUAGUAACGAAACUUCUUUGUUCCCGUAAUUGUAUAUGAUCGAACCUUUUGAAAAUCAUGGACGCUUUGUUUUUCAGAAUUAUUUGGAAAAAUCGAAUUCCCAGAUUGAGACCAUCGUGGCCCUUGUCCGAGGAAAACUAGACCGUAGUAUCAGAAUCACGCUUGGUGCAUUGACUGUGAUUGAUGUCCAUGGUAAUGUACAUGUUCAAGCUACUUGCAUAACUUCCUCUUUUUUCAGCCCACUUCUACCUCCAGGACACAGGAAAAGAGAGACCUUGUCUAGAUUGACAUGAGUCAAAAUCACAUCAAUUUGUUUCAGGUUUAUGCUCUAUACAACGAAUGACACAACUUUCGUUAUUCGGCUUUUAAUAGAUUAUUUUGGUGUUCAUGCAACACAUAAAUGACAUUGUCACCGUUAGCUUCGAUUACAGGCUGGUUCAAGUUCACUGCGGAGACUACGUAUAUGAUGUACUUGUUGGUUUGUGAAAACUGAAAUGCUCAAUUCUCUUGUCUUUUGAUGUUGGUCAAUUCAUGUCGUACCAUUUUCUUAGCUAUGUCUUUGAAAAAAAAAAGUGCCUUUUGACCUCUUGUUCCCGUUCGGUAUUCCACUAAAAGUAAAAAAUAAGGAAUAGUGAGUGCGCGUGGUACGAUGGGAAGAGAAAAAGGGUUGGAGCUCCUCUUCCUUUCUUUCCCCGUCCCAUCAUCCCCCGCUCGUUUUUAUUUUUUUCCAUCUCCCCAGCCUCCCAACGACACAGAGCGACCUUUGCGGCAGAGACAGCCUUUUGACACUUCAGUAAGCAGGCGUUUUUCUUAUUUCCAGCUCGUGAUGUCGUUGCAAAAAUGUGCCAGGAUGGUGUAAACAAUACAAAUGAUUUUCAGUGGCUGUCACAGCUAAGAUAUUACUUUGAAGACAAAAGGACAAUUGUGCGAAUGAUUACCACCAGUAUUGACUAUGGAUAUGAGUACCUGGGUAACAGCGGGCGACUCGUCAUUACACCUCUCACUGACAGAUGUUACAGGUAAGUUCAUGAAAAGCACGAAAAUUGAAUGGAGUGUCGCCGAUUGCAAGACUAAAUUAUAUUUUUUUUGGUGCUAGGGAACUUUCCAUGCCUGUAUUGCUAACCUUCUCAACUAAAAACGAUGACAUUUGCAAAAUUUCGAUCCUUUUACAACACUGCUCAUUGUUAAAAUGAGUUUUCAAUGAGUGGUGCCUUAGUUGUAGCAGUUUAAAUCCACAAACGAAAAAGGCUGCAUUCAGGUGAAAUCCUCAGUUUAGUGUGAUUAAAUAUAGAGUGAUCAUAAAAAUGAGCGCUUGACAUACGCUGCAACGUAUGACGUAGUACUUAUUUUGAGCCCUGAGGUAUUGUAAAAUAAUGACGGGCGUGUAGUGCAAGGUUAAGGUUACAAUAAUCGUCUUUCUUAUGCAGAACUUUAAUGGGUGCUAUUAAACUAAAUCUGGGUGGAGCUCCUGAAGGACCAGCUGGAACAGGAAAAACUGAGACCUCUAAAGAUCUGGCCAAGGCUGUCGCUAAACAGGUUUGUUUUACUUGAAAAUGUAGAGCUCACUUUCUCAGACGGAGCUUCCCUUAGUAAAUUAAAUGAGUCAAAUUCGUCAAAAGAUUUACCUUUUUAUGUUUGGUUGUCAUUUUCCUACAUGACGGUUUGUUAAUUACGAGUGUUUAAGUCAGAAAACUUGAAGUUUCUUGAUGAUGGUAAAUUCAGUUUUUCAUAUCCGCGAAAUUCCCAGAGAAGAACGAACCUAAUCUGGGCUUUGCUAAUUACUGUACACACCUGGAGUUGCUGUCUGCUUAGAUAACGUUUUUAAGAACAUUGGACAAACGCUUGGACAUAGAUUUGAUCUAAAGAAAAAAACUUUUGUAGUAUGAUGAAUAUACGAUUUGCUUUCAUCACUGCUUUCUUCUCAUUAUAUGCAGUGCGUGGUGUUUAACUGCUCGGAUGGACUGGACUACAAGGCAAUGGGAAAGUUCUUCAAAGGACUAGCUCAAGCCGGUUGCUGGGCCUGUUUUGAUGAGUUCAACAGGAUUGAGCUGGAGGUUAGUGAUAUCAAGUCAACAUAUCGUAAGCGAUUUUUCGGUCGUUUCACGUACGGUCUGUUCGCGUACGUCUAGAGUCGAUUCGCCUACGUGCAAUACGUCAGUUCGCCUACGAUUCAUAUGUUGAAGCUUUAAAACUGAAUUAUUAAAAGUCCUUGUUCCUGAUCCUUGCAGCCUAAAAAGAUAACCAUACAACAGAAGUCAAUACGUUCCAACCUCGAUGCGCUUGUCUAGAGAAGCGUCGCGCUAAAACACGAUAGUUGGAAUGUUUAAAACUUGAUUAUCGGAAACCGGUCGUUUACGAACUGCAGAAUGUGAGAGUCAUAUUUUGUUAAAAUUGUUUUAAAAUUGUCGCAAUGAUUGUCAUAGUUCGCGAAAGGAUUUUAAUAUGUAGGCGAACUGACAUAUUAGACGUAGGCGAAUCGAUUCUAGACGUAGGCGAACAAACCGUACGCGAAACGACCGCAAUUCCAUUUUUCCCACUGAAACUUGUAUUUUGAAUUUAUUCAUCUUCAUUAAGCGAAGCUAACACUUUUUAUCCACUGCUUGGUUUCUUUGAUGCUGAAGUUUCAACGUGAUUAAAUACCUUUUGAAUUGAUAUUAUUUUGGACAAGGCGAUCGAUUAAGACUUUCAUUUGACGUUAUUUUGACAGGUACUGAGCGUAGUAGCGCAGCAGAUUCAUACGAUUCAGAAGGCCAUCGCGGACAGGAAGCAAAAGUUCAUUUUUGAAGGAACAGAACUUGUUCUCAAUCCGACUUGCACAAUGUUUAUCACCAUGAAUCCUGGUUAUGCAGGACGACAGGAGCUACCGGAUAACCUUAAGGUAUGAUACUUUUUCAGAUCGAGUUCAUCGUAACUCGCCCAAGUUCGCGUCUUUGAGACGUGGCCAUUAGGGACCUUACGAAACUACGACAGCUACGGCUACUUCAAAAAGCAAUAGGUUUAGUUAGCAAAACAAAAACUCUGCACGUGCAUCACGAUUGUUUCAAAUUUUAAGUUUUUUUGAGGACGGGAACGGCAAGGCGAUAAAUUCUACCAUCUCUGUCUGAACUUGGGCGCGGCCCCCUCUCCUCAGCUCCAACAUAAAUUUUCUUCUUUUAAGUAACUGUGCGACUUGGAAUAAUCGCGAAAUGGUUGGAUAGGAUGCGGAGUCUAUCUGAUUUUUCAGCGAGGUUUUCAUGGACGUCGCCUUUGUCGUGUCGAACUGCACUGUGGGACUGUUAUGGCGGGAAAAUUUUGACCCAGUUUCCUAUGCAACUUCGGUAUAGUCAUCAAAGAAACGAUAUCGUCCCUCAAACAGUGUCAUAGUUCAAUUCGAGUACAGCACCAUGACAGAUAAAGAGCAAAAGGAGUCCUCGUCACCUUGAGCUUCGUUCGAGUGGGUCCUGGGUUAGUAAACAAGCUGGCACUUUUAUGAAACCCAGUGACCGGCGAAUCAGACGAACCCAUCUUGGUCGGCUUUGAAGAUGUCAGGGCUGCAGCAUACAGGAUACGAAAAGGAAUUGAAAAACAUCGACCGAGUUUCACGCCCGCUUGCAGUGUAUAUAACCCAGUCAUUCGGAACUUGAUUGCUUAGUACGGUCGAACCUUUGCACAAGGGCCAGCUUGUGGAUCGUAGAAAGUGUCCGCUGUAGGGAGGUAGCCAUGGUAAAGAGGUUACACUAAGAGUGAGUGCAUCCGCCGGGAAAAACAAAAUUAGCCGUUGUUAAGAAUAAGCAGUUAGGAGAGAUUCCACUGUAUUGCUUUGCGCAGUUUUCUUCUGUCCUUUGCGCGCAUGCUCCAAACCUAGUGCAUAGAUGGAAGCCAUUACGUAGUAAUUGUGUUAAAUCCUUUGUUUGUCAAUGUAGGUUCUCUUCCGCACUGUGGCCAUGAUGGUUCCUGAUUACGCCUUAAUCAGUGAGAUCUCUCUCUAUUCCAUGGGAUUCUUAGAUGCUAGAAGGUAGUAUUUUCUUUUGCUCUUUAUGCUACUACGUGAGAAUUUUCUGCAAUUUGAUUGGCUCAGAGCAGUGGUAUUUUAGCUUAAUUUGAAAUACUUACAUGUGAGAAUUACAAACCUUUUGCAGGUAGUAGUAUAAACAAAUAAUAGCAUGAUUGUUAUACGUAAUUUCACGAGCCGUUAGGCCACUUCCGAGUUCCAAAAACCCUCACCUUCAAAAUGAGGCCAAGUGCACUACCUUUCUUGUGCAAAUGAGUUUUAUUUGCAUGAGAAUGAAAAAUCAUUUCCAUAUCAAAGGCUGAGCACUUAACCUCAUUUUAAUACACAGGCCUGGGCGAACUCGGAAAGUAUACGCAUUUGAUAAUGGAUUAAACUUGCAAACACUGUUUGCUUCUCCUAGAACCAUAGUGCACGUACUGUACAUGUGACUUGGUGUUUUGUUUGUUUGUGUGUUUUAAAACAGUUUGGCACAAAAGAUUGUAGCAACGUAUCAGCUGUGUUCGGAACAGCUCUCUUCCCAGUCCCAUUAUGACUAUGGCAUGAGAGCGGUCAAGUCUGUGUUAACCGCAGCAGGGAAUCUCAAGCUUCGCUAUCCGGACGACGAUGAAGCUGAGCUUAUGCUUAGAGCUGUGCUCGAAGUGAACCUCGCCAAAUUCUUGGCACAGGUAACUUUGCUUUUUUGUCGUUUUAUUAUUUAUUAGCUCGCUCGCAGGCUAGCUUCGAGUCAUUUCCUUAUGAUUCUUCACGGUACCUGGAGAGGUAUAACAAUCAUUCUAAUGGUGGUUAUUUAGUUGUAAGCACCCUUACAAUCCUAACAUCUACACCAGGGUCACCCCCUCACUUUGCCAUAACCCCCUCCCCCGCCUCCAUGCUGGUCUUUUUUGAACUAUAUAUGUUAGUAUAAAUGCAAUUUGAUUCCCUUGAAACACCUAACAGACCGUAGAAACUCGUUGACCAAGCGCUCGUUCAUUCCAGAUUCCAAACCGUAGUGUAGGGAAAAAACUUCUCAAACGUGGUUGAGAACAAACAGCAAACUUAACCCACAUAUGAACACCAAGUCGAGUCGAACCCCAGUCGCGGAAGGCGAGUCAUAUUACAGAGGUUAAGCAUCACAUUACGUCAAACGGCAAACGCAAAUUUGUACCACGUGACCAAGUUCCCCCUUUAUUUGUCGUUUACUGUUAUUAUUUAUACACAUAAACUAGUAGUUUCACGCAAUUUUUUAAAUUUUUUGAUGUGUUUUUAUCUGCUCAUUUUCCAUUUUGAGAAAUUCGCAACUUGAAUCUGACGUAUGCCGUAUACGUUAAUCUUGAACUCUCUAUCAACGCUGAGCCACCAUUGCUUCCUUCAUAGUCCUUAGCAUGGGACGUUUAUUCUCUUUUUGCUUUAUAAUUUUCAGGAUGUUCCUCUGUUCGAAGGCAUCAUCUCGGACUUGUUUCCUGGCACCAGCUGGCCGAGCCCUGAUUACGGAGUUCUGAUGGAUGCUCUUAGAGAAAACUGCAAGAUACGCAACCUGCAGUCCACAAAGUGGUUUCUCAAGAAGAUCAUUCAGGUAUGUUCUCACAUAUCAUCCUUUAAACAUCGCAUAUUAGGCAGUCAAUUCGUGGACACCGAAGAUAUUAUUCUUGACUUUUUGGUAAGUUAAAUUCUAAGCAGUCGAUGGGUCGCCUUUAAUCUUUUUCCUUAGGUUUAUGAGAUGAUGAUUGUUAGACAUGGCUUCAUGAUUGUUGGUGACCCACUGGGUGGAAAAACAAUGGCAUUCAAGGUAAAUUCGAAUGUUCUCUUUAUGGUGUGAUGAAUAUUCGGAAACGUUUUUUUUUUUAUAAGCAACCGCCUGAUCUCUGAUAUGAAUUUUGCGUUGUUGGUUUUGUUUAGGUUCUUGCGGAUUCAAUGUCUGAUCUUCAUAAAGCAGGAUACCCUCAUCAAAGGGUAAGCAUUUUGUAAUCGGAGACACUUUACUCUAAGACAUUUUACGCCCUUAUUUUUCUGUGGAAUUUAUUUUAAGAUCUGUAAUUUCGCUGAGAUCCUAGAUGUCUCCGCGUGGUAAAACUGAGAGGAGUACGCUAGUUCUACAUGCUUGAACUUGGCGACAAACGGCGAAAUAGAGGCUUUAAGCAAUCUGUCUUUAUUUAGUUAGACCCUUUAACUUUUAUCAGUUGGAGACUUGUUUUCGUGUGUGUUUAUUGAGUUGAAAUAGUCGCUUGGAAUCCGUUUCUUUGCUUGGUACUUUUGCCAAACCAACCAAAGGCAACGUGCUUUCCCUCCUUUCGCUAAACCAAUCAAAGUACUUAAUUCCGGUUUGCUUGUUGAUUUGCUUGUGACACGUGUCGUUCAGGUUUUAAAGUCCUCCAGAGCUAACAACAAAAUUCCUUUUGACUUGGCUCCGUAAAUUUUCCCAGGUGAUUUAUAAGAUCAUCAACCCCAAGUCAAUAAGCAUGGGUGAACUCUAUGGCUGCUUCGAUCCAGUUUCCCACGAGUGGUCGGACGGUGUGUUAGCCAACUCCUUUAGAGAACAUGCGUCAUCGACUACAGAAGACAGAAAAUGGCUGAUUUUUGAUGGACCUGUCGAUGCAGUUUGGAUUGAAAACAUGAAUACUGUGCUUGACGACAACAAGAAGGUACGUCUGGGUUGAGUGCGCUUAAAAUAGCUUCAGAACAAACAACUAGAAUUAAAAGCGACUUACUCCCAGGCUAAGCUUGAAGAUUCCAAGAAUAAUUGCCCUCUUAAGAAGUAGUUGUUUUUCUUUGCUAGAAUCGUGCAGUUGACAUGACAACAGGUCUUUUCACCAAAGCAGUGCGAAAAAAAAAACUCGUGGCUCGUAGCAAAAAUAAUUGAUCCACUCCCUUUAAAUAACUUUUCCAAGUAGUGGUCAUCUCCUCUUUUCUUUUGUUGCCCUUAGUCAACUAUGCCUCACUUUAUUGUAAACUGAUAAGUACAUGAUAAUAAUAAAAAAGUAACUUAAGUUAUCGUGUUAAACUUAAACUUUGUUUUUUACUUUUUUUUCGUCAGUUGUGUUUGAUGAGUGGUGAAAUCAUACAGAUGAACAACAGGCAGAGUUUAAUCUUUGAACCGGCUGAUCUGGAACAAGCUUCUCCUGCCACUGUUAGUCGAUGCGGUAUGAUCUAUCUGGAGCCUCACCAGGUGAGACAUGUGGCCUUGGCAGCGUAGGUUUCUCAUUCUUAAAAGUCAAGUUAUACUCAUCGAUCGUACGUUUCUUCACAUCCUUCAUCUUUCAAAUCAAACACCCCACAAAACCAAUACCUCGUUAAUUUUUUUGUGUUGUCCAAUUAACCUUAUUAGCAAAUAAAUUUCAUGUUUUGGUCCCCAUCAAAGCAACACCUUAUUUUCUUUGAAAAAUAAACCUUUUCCCCAGUUACGUAUUUUGUUUCUGUUCCCUUAUUAGCUUGGAUGGGAACCUUUGAUGGAGUCUUACAUGAACAUACUUCCCAAGAGUCUGACCGCUGAGCAUUUGGAGACUAUCCGGGCGCUGUUUAUGUGGCUCAUGCAACCGUGUUUGUGUAAGUUAUAGCUAGAGCAACUUUGAAGUGUAAUGUUGUAUUUUUGUGACAAUUUUGUUCACUCUAUGUAUGACUUAGAGGUUUACACAAUUGUAUCUCGUUAAUGACCAUGCGAUGAAUUAUAUGUAUGCGCUUAGAAAAAUAAUUUUUCGGUAGGGAUGUCUGAGAUGUAUAUUCCCUAGAGUAUGUAUGGACCGAGGAAGCGAAGCCUGGCCAAUAAGAGAUUUAUUACGUGGCCAAAAAAGCCCUGUCGUGCUCAAACAAAGCAGGUGCUCCCGAGCGGAUAACAUAGCUCCAUCAUAUAAGCCACAAAGCAAGGUUUCCUCUAUCGUUUCUCCGCGCUUUCAAUCAUAUGUUAAGAGUGUUUCAGUAUCGUCUGAUGUUGAUUCUUCUACUGAUUUUCUUUUACAUUAAUUAUCAGCUUUUCUCCGCCAUGAGUGCAAAUUUUUCAUCCAAACAUCUGAUAUGCACCUGGUGAAUUCUUUUAUGAAUUUGUACUCGUGUCUGUUGGACGAGAUAGCUGCGCAGGAGCAUGCUGAAGGAGCUGACAGGAUGUCUAGCUCACAGGUAUGUAUACGUCAUCAUCACGUGAUGUACUUGUCCUGUCUGAAACUGUUAUAGACACUGUUGUCAGUUUUCUCUCAAAUUCAGAAUUGCUGUGAAAAUAGCACCUCCAUUAAGUCUUUCGUAUUGUACGUUAUGCUAUGUUAUUUGACAAGUUUCGGUUAUCUUCGCUUGCAAGAUGCGGCCGCUUAAGAUUGAACUUUGGGUUUCAGUCAGAUUGAUGUUGGAUCUGUUGUACUUACUUGUGACCGAGUACAUUGUUACUCGAUGAAGCGCUCGCCUAACGUAGAGAAACUUGUUAACGAACCCAUUCGGCCCGAGCUUUCUCACUGAGUGCGGUUUUAUAUGGCAUGAAGUACUUAGGGGAAUUACCACCUCCCCGGAAAGGAUACUAGUCUAUGUCAGGGGUAUCCCUAGGAGUUGCUGGUCUUGACUUAUACAUUUAGUUGGAGAGAAACAAGAUGGACCAAAGUUUUUUGUCCAAGGAAACAACGUAAUGGCUUGAAACCAAACCCACAGAUCAGACAGACCAUUACGUCUGAAAUUAACGCUGUGCGCGAGUUUUACUUUACAUUACCAUUUAAUAACCUUCCGAUUGCAGAUCACAAACUGGCUUCAAGGCUUGUUUAUCUUUGCCAUGGUUUGGUCCAUUGGUGGUACCAUAAACGGAGACAGCCGCAAGAAGUUUGAUGCGUUUUUUAGAUUGCUGAUCAGCGGAACAGAUAAAGAUCACCCUAAGCCCAACAACAUUAAGAUGACAAAGGUAAAGAAGUGUUGUUAAACUCCUAAUUCCAUAGUUUUAAUUUGCUUACUUCAUAUUUUGUAAAACUUGUCCUUCAAACUGAAUAAUAGUUUAACCAGCCAUGGAUAUUGUAAACCUUUCAGAAAGCAACAGAAUUUAAGCAGUGCUCGUUUGAAGUUUUUUAGCCCAUUAAUCGACAGUUAUCGAUGGCAAAUUUUUGCCUAAUAAACUUUGUUAUUUUCGUUAUUGACAUUUUCAUCGUCAAUGAAUUAACUGCUUUUUUCGUCCUGCAGCAAAACGUGUUUCCCGACCGUGGCAUUGUGUAUGACUUCUAUUUUGUAAAACAAGCCAGCGGUUCAUGGAACAACUGGAUUGAGAGAGUGGACAAAGCUAAGAGCGUGAUCCCCAAAGACGCCAAGGUAACGCGCAUUCUCACCUUCUUUUAACGUAGAAAAGAAAGUUCUUGUGAUGGUUUGCUCGAUACCUUGUCUAGAAAAAAGGUCAAUUAAGUAAUCUUAUGCUAAUAGUUAAAUUUCCUUUCUGAUGGUCUUCUUGAGGACAUUUUGCGAUCACCUUCCGACGAAUGACAGUUUUACUGCGGGUUUUGGUGAAUGAGGAGAGUAAGUUGCGAUUGCCCUGUUUGAGCAUUGAUAUACGUUAUAAUGGAUUAAAAUCGUUGCGCCAGCCUCUGGACCAAUUAGAAGAAAGCCCCUAAUAAAUGCAGACACUUGCCUGCUUGAUUUUUCCCUCGCUUCCAGCUGGCUACAUCUAUCGCUCAGAGCUUUGAUUAGUUCCUGAGAUAUUCUUCCCAUUUUAUGAUUGGCCAUGAGUGAUUACUACGACUCUGAAAAAUCGCGCUUCGCUUCUGGCCGUUCUGGUCCUAAACCUCUAAGCACUGACUAGACUUUCGAAAAAGUCCUUUAUCCUAUUAAGUAUGGCCCGCGGGACGAAAGUUGACUUCUCACAACAUCAUCGCUUGCUUAGGACAGCUUCGCGGCCUGAAAAGCUCGCUCCGCUUUUAAUCCUGCUGUGAAACGCGUGAGGUAUACUUGCGGCAAGUCUAAUAACCUACCGUCAACUGGAAAAGCUGAUAAACCAUCGACUUGACUAUAAAGCCUUAAAAUGGGUAUUGUUAACUUAACGAUUUCAAUUCUUGUUUGACAGGUCAGCGAACUGAUGAUCCCAACAGAUGAAACUGCACGACAGAUGUUUUUCUUGGAAGCAUUUCUAACUCACAACAAGCCAUUACUGUUCAUCGGUCCAACUGGAACAGGAAAGUCAGCCAUCACCAACAACUAUAUCAUUGGAAUGCCGAAAGAGAAGUACGAUCUUUUAAAACAAUUGUAAUCGAUCGUAUGUAUUAAAAUUAUCAUUUUAAAGUUAUCAUUAAGUCUCGUUUUAUUUUGCCACACUAUAAUAAUAUUCUGGUUUAGACAGAGCAAAUAAGGGCAAUAACGACUUGAUUCUUGUUCCCAGAGCUGCGAUUAUAAGUUGUCUGUUGCUUCAUUUGCUGUGUAUUUAACCGCUUUUCUUUGUUUUCCUUUUUUUAGGUAUCUUCCAAUCAACAUAAACUUUUCAGCUCGCACCAGUGCAGGUCAGACUCAAGACAUCAUCAUGGCUAAGUUGGACAGGUAAUCUGAACAUUUCUUUUGUGCACUUAUCUUCAAAUGACAACCUCAACUUUUUUGUGAGUAUCUUUAUCGAUAAUUUUAAAAUUUACCGAUCACUCUCACACGUGAUGGCUUCUAUAACAGGCGUCGCAAAGGAGUAUACGGACCCCCUCCUGGGAAGAGGUGUGUUGUGUUUGUGGACGAUCUCAAUAUGCCUUCUAAGGAAAAGUAUGGUGCCCAACCUCCAAUUGAAUUGCUUAGACAGGUGAGACGAAAAAGCUAUACUCAAAACCAGAUUGGAAUUUUACUUGAUUUUAUUUCCACCCACAUUAGCUGAAUCUCAUUAUUGUAAUGUGCAUUUUUUACGCAUGUUCACAGGUUGCGGAACACGCGGUUCACUUUCAAACGUUUCGUGCAAAGCUCUUUAUGGGACAGUUGUUGUGAAAACUUUGUAUUUACUUUAGCUGUUAUUUGUUGAAGUAAUUUAUCAAAUGUUAUUUUUAGUGGAUUGAUCAUUCUCACUGGUACGACCGGAAGGAUACAUCCAAGCUGGAGCUUAUGGAUAUGGUAGGCACAUUUUUACCGAUAUACAAACGUUCUCUCCCAACUAACUAGUGACCUGCCAAUUCAGAACGUAGACGCUGUUCUUGUAUUUCCUGUGGAUUUUGGAUGGUUUAAAUCGUUCGCAGUUGUUGAGAUUGGCCAGUGUAACUACCGAGUUUGGGUUUUAUGCAACUCAAUAAAAGAUUGCUGUUUAGAGGUCCUUUGGCCAAGUCACGGCUGUAGUAAGGAGUUUCUGUAAGAUUUGCGUGUGCUGCAGGGUAGCUUUUGAAGUAUAAAAUGUGUCAUUGCCUUAAUGGUAACUAACUCAGAGGACUCGCAUCUCUUUUGUCGCCUACUACAUGCAGUGGAACCUCGAUUUAACGAAUGGGCAAGGGACUGGUUUCGUUAUAUCGAGGGUUUUUUCGUUAUAUUUCACUAAUACUGGGGCGGAGAAUAUGAUUCGUUAUAUCGAGGACUUCGUUAGCUAGAGGUUCGUAAUAUCGAGGUUCUACUUUAUCACAAUAAAUACUCUAUAAAUUGCCUUUCGCGACUUGGUGAAGACAGUGUAUUAUAUUUGAUUGUGAUUUCUUCUAUUUUCAGUUAUUCGUUUCUGCCAUGGGUCCCCCUGGUGGGGGCCGUAAUGACAUCUCAGGCCGGUUCACACGUCAUCUCAAUAUCAUAUCAAUUGACUCGUUUGAUGACAACACCAUGACCAAGAUUUUUACAUCCAUCGUGGACUGGCAUUUUGCCAAAGGAUUCGAUGCGUCCUUCGGAAGACUGGGAAAGGUGAGAUUGUAAACAAAAUUGGGUGCUCGUAAGAUUAACACGCCUUUGUAGGCUUGAUAUCGUCGCUGUCGAGAAAAUAGAUUUGUAGGUAGCCUGCGAGCAACGUCUCUAUUUAGGGCUCGGUUUGCUCGCUCACAGGUUAAUUCGUAGGUGAAAACCAAAGUUGUAGUUGUUACUGCACGACAAAUUUAAAUUGACAGUGUGUCCCCGAUAUCAUCUCGUUUUUUCAUUGGUAUGAGUGUAUUCGACUGUGACGUCAUUUUACCUUACAAUGACCAGAGGUCAGGCAAAAUAUGCGAACUAUGACGUUAUAGUAAACCGGUUUUACAAUAAAGCCGCUCCCUUUUACGAAGUGAGAGAGGUGUGAACGAGAAAAUGAUGGUUAAAUUGAGGAAUUUCUAAGGGGGCUCCUUACAUCUUGGGAUAAAUGAUACACUCUUCUUUGAUAGCUUGAGGGAUCGUUGGCGCGAAUAUUUUUCUUAUCGUCAUAUUACGUCAGCAGGCUUAAAGAGCACCCUUUCCACAUUUUGUUCCUUUUGCAGAUUCUUGUCCAGGCAACAAUGCACGUGUACAAGGCUGUUGUCGAGAAAUUUCUGCCAACUCCCAGCAAAUCACACUACGUGUUUAACUUGCGUGACUUCGCGCGUGUCGUGUUUGGUGUUCUUCUCGUUCCCUCCACGCAUCUUCAAGAGGGCGACAAGUUAAUUCGCCUGUGGAUUCACGAGGUUUAUCGAGUGUUUUACGACAGGCUCAUUGACAACAACGAUCGAGUGAUGUUCUUUGAAAUGAUGAAAGAAACGACAAAACAGCAGUUCAAGAAAGACAUGGAUAGCUUACUGGACCACGUUGUACCAACAGGACAGAAACUCAAGGACGAUCACAUCAGGUCAGAAAAAUUGAAAUAGAUUGCUUGCAAGAUAAGAAAGACCACAGUAUUUUACACUAGCCUACAUCUUAUCAUCAACUCUCUGUCUUGAUCAGAGUGAAAAGAAUUCUCUGUUUAGCUUUCAAAUAAGAUUGCGGAGGAGAUUGAGAGCAAGAAAAACCGGUUCUUCACUCCUUUUUGAUGACCAGUAAAGUAUAUUGGUUUGUAACAACUAUUUGAAACACAGUACUAAACCGUGAGAGAUGAAUUGUGGUGUUGAUAUGCGCAAUAAAGAAAUAAACUAAAUUAAAAAAACAACUACGGUUGGGGAGGGAGAGGUGCCCUAUGAAUUUUAGAAUGGCUGUAUGCCGCUAAAACGUCAAGACGUUAAUCUAUACUUGAUAAUGUUCAGCUGCGUUUUGCAACCUAAAUCUACACCAGCUCGUGGCCAGCGAGACGCAGCCCCGGACAAUGUUGCUGAGAUACCUCACAAGACUUAGUUACUUUUUUAUUGUUAUUGCAGUUAUUACGGGUAUUAUUUUUUGCUUCAUAAUAAACGACGAUUCAAUUUGCAGGAUAGGAAAAAACGUUUUACACACAAGCUUUCGAUUCUAUCGCGGAAUCUUUAUCAAGUGAUGGAUUUGAGCCCAAAUUUAUAUCACCAUGCCCAGAUUAAGUAACUCUUUUUUCGCUAAGAUUUUUUGCUUCACUUUGCCACUGCCUCCUUGACAACUUUGUUUGUUUGUUAUAUUUUUCAGGAGCUUGUUUUUUGGUGAUUACAUGAAUCCCGAUAGUCCGGAAAGAAUCUAUGAUGAAGUCACUGAUUUAUCUCAACUGACUCUACAGAUGGAAGGGUGGGUUUCAUAUCUACUAUAUAGCGCUCAAAAGCUGUCAUGUCACUGUUAAGAGUAUAGCAAUUGUUCAGUGAAAUUAUAAAAUGGGUUCUAAAGUGUUAUUAGCUUUUCCUUUAUGAUUUUAUUGAAUAUUUUUAACGCUACAAAUAGCUAACCGUCUAACCAUGAAAUAAACACGUACGAAAUUCUCUUCUGUAAAAAGAACUGUUGAAAUGAUUUAUUUUUGCAUGUUAGAAAGUCAGACACUACAUUCCAAAUCACCUUAUACAGGAAAGCAGUACUUUGAAGUUUCCACGUGAAUGAUUGCAUUGUAAGAUUUAAAACCCCUCAGAAUUUCCUGCCAUGGCCCAUCUAUCCGUCUUUUCAGUAGUUAAAUGGGAACGGUACAUGAGAAUUGAAAAUGUAAGCUACGUGAAAGCUUUGGCGAUUGUCUUCCCUCUGUUACCGGAGUCUAUCCCCAACACGAUGGGCUCGGUUCUUGCGACGAUUAUGAACAAAUUGUGUUUUUCAGGUAUUUGGAUGAGUUUAAUCAGAUGAGUAAGACCCCCAUGUCGCUUGUGAUGUUUAAGUUUGCCAUUGAACACAUCUCACGAGUCGCUCGAGUGCUGAAACAGGACAAUGGACACGCCCUUCUUGUUGGUGAGUACAGCUCGUAUUAAUCUCUCCAAUUGUUUCUCUAACUAGUUUGCUUUCCUUUAGAUCACUCCUGCAUCACCCCUUUCCAUUCCCCUUCCUUCACGUUUCUCCACAAAGCUGGGGUUCGUUGGCUAGAGGCUCAUCCAAGCCAUGUGAAAGUCUAGCCGUUUGCAGGGCAAAGGAAGUACUUUCAUUUCUCAGUUAUUUUAAGACCCUGAGUAUUGGUCCAGCCUUGGGAAUCGAACCCACGACCUCUGUUCUGCAGUCAAGAGCUCUACCGACUGAGCUAAUCCUACCUUGGUCAAGUACUCAGAUAAGUUUUAGAAGAAAGUAAAUUGCGCAAAAUCCACCACCCACACGGUUUUGAGGUGCUCAGUCAAGUCGUAAGUCUAUUUCUCUCUUCUCUAGCUCUUUCUAAUGCGUGUUAUUCAUGAAAAGUGGACUUUAUUUUGUGUUCAGGUAUCGGAGGAAGCGGUCGACAGAGCGCAACGCGCUUGGCUACUUUUAUGGCGGACUACGAUCUGUUCCAGAUUGAAAUUACACGAAACUACACCAAGAAUGAGUGGAGAGAAGACGUCAAGAAGGUAGCUCUUACUGAAAUUCAUGGUGUUUAGUGACAGCAAAUUUGCGUAAAUAAUUUGUGAUCUUCUGCCUAAGGUCUUUGAUGUUGACUAUACAGAACGAACAAAAGCCCUAAGAUUGUUUCAAGAGAUUUCAGAGACUUGUUAAAAACACCAGAAACAUGUUUAAAAAACGUAAUUGAGGGUUUGAGUGUAUAGACAGAGGUGAAAGUAGUGUUAGUCGCAGAAAGUUGUUACAAUGAUUAGACAUUAUUUUGUAGAUAAAACUCUGCUACAGUACUAUUGAAACUACAAAGGUCUUGUAAUUUCAAUAUGUUUCUAUUUCCCUUUUAAGAUAAACUCUAUAUCAAACUGAUUUAGGAUUUUACCUAAUACAGGUAAUCACAUGAUUUCGAGUGCAAUUUGGAAUAAACAAGCACGAGUAAAUUUUUUCAAAGACUAACAAAAUUGGUGAGUGCAAUUUGUGGUCUUUGAAAAAAAUUACGAGCACUUAUUUAUCCCAAAUUGCACGAGAAAAAUCGCGGGAUUACUUUUUAAUAAUAUUCAUGAAAAAAUUGCCAGAUAGCUUUAAAAUCACUUUGACAGGGAGUCAACACGCGUAAACUACGUGCAAAAAUAAAUUAUUCAAAUGCUGCAAACAUCAUCACACGUGCAGUCAAAACAACAUUUUGCUCGAUGUUUUUAAAGUUUGCAAGCCGCAGAAACGGGCUGAACAGUUCAUGGAAUUCUUCAAUGUGUUUGAAUUAAAGAUUCUGGGUUAUUACCUCAAGUUUUCCGCUCCUCCAGAGAAUUUCUCCUUCCUCCCCUGAUACUUGCCGAGCUUUGUUUGGGCGCUUACCACGGCCAGCCAAGCGAAGCUGUUUCGCUUUGUCCUCCAGCACCUCUUUGGACGAACUAAAUUCUCGGCCACGUACAAUGGACAGGGUGCAGCCUUUGGUCCUUAAGUGUCUAUCAAGCGAUGCCAUCAUUACCUUAAGGCUUUCUGGUUCAUAAUCUUCACCUUUUUUAUUGUUUGUCUUCUGCGUAGAAAUGCUCAUAAUUUUCUAUCUCAUCAGUAAUUUCCUUAUCUACACACCAAUUCUUCGAAACAGAGAGCCAAAAACCAGUGCUUUUCGCAGUGUUUUCGUUUUUAGAGCAGUUUUUCGGUUUCUCUACGGUUGUUUCGGUCGCAAAAGCAAAUGUGCUGCAAACGCCAGCCAUUGCGGUUUUUGCUCGAAACUGGUCCGGAGCGGAUCCGAAUUUUGCGCCAUUUAGAUGGCGCAUUUGAUUGGCUCUCAGUGAGUUCCUUUGUUUAUUAGCCAAUCAGAAUGUCACGUUUGUUACUCUUUUCUGCACUCAAUUACCUUUUCUCUGCACUGUGUUACCUAAAAACUGCAUUUCUCUUAGCCAAUCACAAUUGAGAAAUUUUUUCAUGUAUAUUAUUAGUAAAGUAAGUGGUGAAAGCGCCCUUGUGAGUGAAAAGGUUGAUAAAAUUAUUUUACAGAUGUUGAUCAAAGCAGGUGUGGACGGCAAGGCGACUGUGUUUCUGUUCAGCGACAAUCAAAUUAAAGAAGAGUCGUUUGUGGAAGACAUCAACAUGAUCCUUAACACUGGUGAUGUACCCAACAUAUUUCCUGCUGAUGAGAAAGCUGAUGUCAUUGAAAAGAUGCAAACUGUGGCCAGAGUCGAGGUGAGAGAAGAAAUCACUCCGGUGUGCUUGAUUGACCAACUCCGCUUUCUGGACUUACACGUUGUAGAAAAUUCCAUACCCAAAUUGGCUCACAAAGACGCCAAAUUCUUCGGCGUUUUUCAUGCUUACUACAGUCAAGGAAAGCGUUGGGAUGUUGCGAAAUGUGCGGGGAAAACCUUGGUUCGUGGAAAAGUCAGGGCGUCUUAUUUUCCGGUUGCCACAAGGUUUCGUGGUUGAAGUACAAAUUCACAUCCCUGAGAACAUUUCGUAGCUCUCUAAAUUUGAUUCUUUUAAUCUUGGAAAAAAAUAUUGUUCCCACGAAAACCGUGCAAGAUCGAAAAUGAUUAUCAGGGGAAAAUCAUUUCAAAAGCCCCGAAAAUUAAAAACAAAAUACGUCUUAGCAGAGUAUUCUAAUGCGCGCGCUUUCCUAACCCUGUUUGUUACGUAAAUCUCCAAGUUUUAAUACUUGCAUUUUCUUAUUCACAGUCAAGUGCAGCGUGCGUGUGUAAACUUUGAUUACUUCUACAGCUUGUUAUUUUGUGUCCUGUGCUAUUUGUCCUUCCUAAGUGAGUGACUUUCUCUUCUUUUUGUUUUCAGGGCCGUAAAAUUGAGUCUACACCGCUAGCCAUGUACAACUUCUUCAUCGAGCGAGUCCGAGCUAAUCUACACGUGGUGUUAGCAAUGAGUCCCAUUGGAGAUGCCUUCAGAAGCCGAAUGAGAAUGUUCCCUUCCCUCAUCAACUGCUGCACUAUUGACUGGUUUCAGGUAAAACUGCAUUUUAUGGUAACCUUGCCUCCAUUUCCAUCUAUCUUCCUUACGUGAAGUUGACUCCCGCUUUGGUCAACUGAACACGAGCAUUUGUAGCACACUUCGAGACAUUUACUUCUCUUUCCAGUCAGUUUUUUUUCUAUGGAAGUGCCUUUUGUUUCACCAUGUAGGGAAUUUUUAAUUGUAAUAGAGUCGGAUUUCACUGAUAGUGAGUUUGCGCGUAAGUUGACAAAUUUCUCAGUAAAUAUUUCCGAUCCCAACGCGAGUUGUGGGGACCGGCGAAUCGCUAACGGGCGCAAUGACCUCUAACUAUUCGUAUAAAUAUUUGAUGUUGUUAGGCUUGGCCGGAGGACGCUUUAGAGAUGGUAGCAAAUAAAUUUCUGGAGGAAGUUGACAUGGCGCUUGAAGUGCGGAAAAAAUGUGUGUUCAUGUGCAAGUAUUUCCAUGAGAGCGUCAGAGAGCUGUCCGACAGGUGAGUCACAUAGCUACUCCGACUAUUUGUUUUGUCCAUUAAAUGUCAAUAACCCUCCUCUCCUGUGAACACGUGUUUUAAACUGUUAAAGUGUUAGUCGAGGAAUCAUUUUAUGGAUAUCCUCUUGAUUUUCUCUUUCCAGGAAGUUUUUCUGUUAAAGGAUAGUAAGUUAAGAUUUCGUUUUUGUGGUCGCAUCGUAGGAUUUCGCCCACAGUUAGAGUCCAUUUACAUGUCUCCAGAAGUUAGAAGUCCAGAAACAAACUUUCAGUACGUUAAUGAUUAUAAUCACAAGCCUCGAAGAACCUUUACUAUCUGUAUAUAGUGACUGCAUGAGGAUAAUCGCUCAAUGUAACGAAUUGAACUAAGUUGACUCUGAGGGUAAAAGGUUUUUCCCUUUUUCACUGCUUAAAGUAGCCAGCAACUAAUUUCUCCUUAAAAUAACAAUACUUAAUCAGACUUGACGCUUAUGAGAAAGCAGGAAAUGAUCACCGAGAAAAAGUGUCUCGAUUGUUAAAGAAACUCUCCACAUAAAUACCACAUAAAAGACCUUGGCUAAUAUCCAGCAACUUUAACCUCAUGCUUGGGCCAUAACGCAUAUGUAUCUUUGUUCCUGCAGCUUCUAUCAGUCCUUGAGGCGCCGUAAUUAUGUAACGCCCACUUCGUACCUAGAACUUAUCAUGACCUUCAAAAAGCUUCUGGACAUCAAACGCCAAGAGAUCAUGACUCUUAAGCAACGUUACGUCACUGGUCUGGAGAAACUGGACUUUGCUUCAUCGCAGGUGUCCGUCAUGCAACAGGAGCUUAGUGACCUUCAACCGGAACUGAUUAAAACUUCCGCGGAGACGGAAAAGUUGAUGGUCAAAAUUGAACAGGAUACGGUUGAAGUAGAGGCUAAAAAGGAGGUAAGAGCUUGCUAGAUUCGUCCGGUGUUUUUGGUGCAAAUUUGGAGUCAUUGUCUACUGAGUUAUUUCAAUUUUUCCUGUUAUUUCUGAUAACUCGGUGGUAAUUUCAUUCUUUUGUUUUUCCCUUUUUACUAGCCUGCGUAGCAGGCGCGUGGAAGUAGUGGGCGAAAGAGAGAACGGGCGCGUGCGAGGGAGACACGCGCGUGUCUCUUUCUCGCGCGCCGUUUUUUUUCUCGCCCCACUACUUCCAAGCUACGCAGGCUACCUUUUUACUUACAAUCAGUAUGAAUCAUAGUAUUUGCAUUUAGUAGAAUUUAGUUUAUCGUUAGCACUACCCGCUUCAGCUCUCGCUAUACGCAAAUACCGUGAAGUUAUGAAUAAAUUAAAUUUAAAAUGAAUCGAAAUGAAACAAAACCUUUCGACCUUGAGAGGUUCAAAAAAGAGAAUUUUUGCGACCAAGUGUCGCUUUUAAGGCGAAUGUUAGUAACUUUACGGGUGUCAGAUUGUUUUUAGCCUUCUUUCACUGUCUUCUUGCGUCGUGAAGAACGUUACUAAAACGGGGAAUGUAGAGCGGGGAACGAGCACGGGGAACGGGAAAAUGAAAAAUGGAAACAAAACAGAGAAUUGAAAAUAAAGUGACUUAUAGGGCUUGGGUUCAACUUGGGUUUUGUUCCUUUUUUUUUUUUCAUUUUCCCGAUCCCCGUGCUUGUUCCCUGCUCCCCGUUCCCUGUUCCCCGUUCCCCGUUCCCCGUUCCCCGUUCCCCGUUCCUCGUUUUAGUAUCAUCCGGUCGUGAACAGCAGAAGUGUUUGAAGUUUAAAAGAAAAGUUAAGAUGCGAAGUCAGGGUGAGUGAUGUGCUCUCAAUUUUCGUAAAAACUGUGUUACUUUUUUCAAUUGAGAGUCAAAGAACCGAAAGUAAAGUCACUAUUUGACCAAUGAAAAGGGACGCAAAUAGUCAGUGAACCAAACAGAAAUGUGAAGUGGAGUUCAGCGUAGGAAAGCGCGUGUAAGGACGAGAUAAUUGUUUCAGUUCCCUAGUGCUUAUUGGUUCAGCAAGUGACGCGAGUUUUUUAGCCAGUCCCAAGGCACGCACGAACCAAAGCAAACACAAAAUUGCUUCCGACACUGUAAACCUUUUUUUGCUAUUAUAUCCCAACCAUGGAUGAGCCUCAAAUGCAGGGAGUUACAAGAACGUCUUCAUCUUUAUCCUUGUGCGUUUGCAGGUGGUAGCAGCAGAUGAAGCAGUAGCCAGUGAAGCUGCAGCUGUAGCUAAGGGCAUUAAGGAUGAGUGUGAAAGCGAUCUGGCUGAAGCUAUGCCGGCCCUGGAGGCAGCCAUGCAGGCGCUGAACACCCUCAAACCCAGUGACAUCAGUAUGGUCAAGACCAUGAAGGUAUGUUAUAGACAUUGCCGUGCAUAAGUCAAUAUGUGAUUUCUUAGAUUAUGUCAAAACAGUACAAUAUUUCACCAAUAUGACCGACGAAUAGAUGAAAAUGCGGCUCCCCUUAAAUGGGUAACUUUUCAUAAGUUUCAGGAGACCAAAAAAUUUGGGAAGUCUUGCGGUAACCUAGACUUGGCAAUUCCGUGGAGAUCUGCAUUAACGUGAAUAUAGAGCGGUUUGUCAAAAGUGUUGCAAAAAAUUCCGUAAACCACUCGGAUUUUCUAUAUGCGAAGCCGGCCCGCAGCGUCGGAAAACAAGUGUUUUUCUUUCACAAAUGGUGUGAUCACUGGAUGACGAACCGAAAGAGACGAAAGAGCCUCAGUGAACUACUUCCCACUUCUACGAUGUCGCUCUCUGGUUACAUGACCAUUCUACGGUCGUCUCAUUUUGACCAUUCUGUAAGGAUUCAACUGACGAAGGCCAGGCGAUUCAGCCGAAAUAUUUCGGUUAGAUUUAUAUUACGUUCUAUUCAAAUUCUUUGGAACUACUUUUUAGUGGUAAAGAAGUAAUAUAUCAAACAUGAGACGCAGUCACCAGAUGAAACACCUCGCAAUCACCAGAUGAAACACCUCGAAGUUCGUCAAAAAUACUCCGCUGCGCGUCGUAUUUUCAACUCUCUUCUCGGUGUUUCAUCUGGUGAUGAAACACUGUGUCGAAUGUUUGAUAUUUCUUCUCAAACAAAAUCAUUUUUGAAGGAGAAAUUAAGGAUGCAAAUACUGAGCAGUUUUUCAUCCGAUUUCCAAACACUCAUUAAACAUUAAUUUUCUUUGUAUUUUGUUUAUGAAUUAUUAAUGAGUUUGAGAAAGUGACAGGAAACAUUUAAGCCAAUGACAUACUAUUGUAGCAGUGUACAUGCGGCCGACUUUCUUAGACAGUGUUGGAACCGGCACUUACUAAGUGUCUGUCCGUCCGUUGAAAGCGAAUUGACCGUCACCAUCUUCAGUCUGGAAAUUCUGCAUUAUUCGGAAAAUAGGUUCUGAUAGAAUGUUUAUCCAGCGUUCAGUUCAGGAUGGGUGUUAAUGACAUGUGGUAUUUCUGUUUAUAGAAUCCCCCAGCAGCUGUGAAGCUGGUCAUGGAAGCUGUUUGUAUUAUGAAAGGAAUAAAACCCGAGAGAAAACCCGAUCCCUCGGGUUCGGGACGCAUGGUGGAAGACUUCUGGGGCCCAUCACAGAAGAUGCUUGGAGACUUGAAAUUCUUGGAGUCCUUGAAAGUUUACGACAAGGAUAACAUUCCAGCCGCCAUUAUUAAAAAGAUCAGGGAGAAGUGAGUUGUGAAAAUGCGCUUUUACUGCUUUGUAGGAUGAUUUGUGUACACCCCUCCCCCACGAGAAAUCGGAGAAAGGGCAGGCUUCACGUAGCUUAUGCCAUUUAUUGACGUAAUUUUAGACGUCAAAUUUGUUUCCCUGACGUCGCAUCUCAGCCUGUGAGAUAAAACUGAAAAAAACGUAGAUAGUUGUUUGAUCGCACGGGUACUGAAUUCACUAAAUUAAUGAUAUCUACCAAAGUCCAAAAGGAAAUAAACAAUUCCUGCACCACGGCAAAGUAACUACACGACCAUAUUGCAUAACGCCAGCAAAUAAAUGUUAUUCAGUUGUAGGAAAGUCAGUGUUUAUGCUUACUUUGAUAACCCUUGAACACGGUGAAACAUUCAAACUCUUGUUCUGUUAUUAUGUGUAGAGAUGUAAACAAUACUUGACAACUCUAUAUACACCGAAGUCUCCAUGAACACUGCAACAACUUGCUUCGUAUCUUUUCCCAGCCCAUCCCAUCUUUAAAUGAAAUUUUAUUGGAAGCGAUGGUCAUAUCCGAGUGUUGAAGUGCGUUUCGUCUUUCCUUAGGUAUGUGACGAACCCUGAUUUUGAUCCCAACAACAUUCGUUCAGUGUCUUCCGCCUGCGAAGGUCUGUGUAGAUGGGUUCGUGCGAUGGAGGUUUACGAGAGAGUUGCUAAAGUAAGUUUUAGCCUUGGCAAAAUUUUUUGUCGUACUCCCUAAAUAUUACCGUUACAGCUUAUAAUAGAACGAUCCUAUUUGAGUUCUUAUAUAUCUGUGCUCUGUGAUCCUCCAAUCUUGAUUGGGGACCAAGGGUGGUACAGUGGUGAGAGAAGUCGCGUCCCACCAAUGUAGUCCCCGUUCGAGUCCCGUCGUCGACGCCAUAUGUGGCUUGAGUUUGUUCUUGGUUCUCUCCUUUGCUCCGUGAGGUUUUUUUCCGGGUACUCCAGUUUUCACCUCUCUCCUAAAACCAACACUUCCAAAUUCCAAUUCGAUCUGGAACGCACGAACACGUUUAAACGAGCUCUUAAGAACUCCUCUGUGCUCCGUAUGCAAACAAAUUAGAAUUCUUUGAGGACAGUAUAGUCGCGGAGCAGCAUCGCUGAAACCUGUUAAUUUUAUCCAUGUUUCUGUUUUUUUUUUAGAAAAAUAUUGUCUUGUUUGCAUUGUAAUCUAACAUCAUUAUUAUCAUUUGAAGGUUGUUGCUCCCAAGAAAGAGAAACUUGCUCAAGCAGAAGCCGAGCUCUCGGUACAAAUGGAGAAGUUAAAUGCCAAACGAGCUCAGCUCAAAGAGGUUUGUUGUUGCUAUACUAUAUACUGCCUGUUUGAUUGAAUCCACCAUGUUGAUCCAACAUCAUCUAUAAUGUUUGGCCCAUCAUUGUUGGAUGGUAUUGGAUCCGUUUGAUUGGCCUAAUGGCUCUAUCUCCAGCAAUAUCCAAAACCGUCUAACAAGGGCCGAGGUCAGACGGAUGGAACAGUGUUGGAUGAAGUUGAUGAAUUUACAGAUUUAUUGUUGUCGUUGUUUGGUGUACUGGAAUUGACAGUAUCUAUCAUUACUGUACUUCGGUUGUCAGCAAUAAAAGAUUAAAAACUGUUAAUUUGACUGUUCUCCUUUUGCUGCUAGGUUGUCGACAAACUUCAAGCUCUGAACGAUGAAUUUGACGCCAUGACCAACAAAAAGAAGGAACUGGAACACAACAUCAUGGUCUGUGAACAAAAGCUUGAUCGAGCUGAAAAGCUGAUCGGAGGACUGGGUGGUGAGAAAGACCGCUGGACGGAAGCUGCUCGUGUUCUGGGAGAAAAAUAUGACAGGAUCACUGGUGACGUACUUUUGUCCUCAGGCGUGGUGGCUUAUUUGGGUCCUUUCACUGUGGACUUUAGGAAUGUAAGUUCACAUUUUUCCUUACUGAUCAUUCUAUACAUGCUCAUAUUGCCUCUUCCCUGCUAUUCAUUUUUUUUUAAAUUAAGACUGAGCACUUGAACUGAGGGAACUUUGGAUCAUCUUACGUUUUUGGGAAACUGCCCACCCACCCCUUCCCUAAGCCAACAUUUUGCCCUAAGUAAGAACUAAGUGUUAAUGUUGGUUUAGGGGAGGGGUAGGUGGACAGUUUCACAGAAACGUAAAAUGAUCCGGAACUUCUUUAGUAACUAAACCGCUUAAUUCAAGCCAGAAAAGACACCCGUCACAUGCGGACAACGCAACAAAGAAAUCAGAACUGGAAAAAUAUAGCGGUAGCCGGCACCAAGCGAGAGCAAACGCAUAGCGCGUUACAGUUGUGUUUGGUUGGCUGGCUUUAACGUAGAUCAGUCACGGCUCAGUAGAAAAUAAACUUUGCAAUUUAUACAUUCGUGCUUGCUACAUGCAUUCAUAUAUUUUUUUGUCAUUUAUUUUCUGAUGUUGGGAACCGAAGAGUGAAUCCCGAUUUGUAUACUGCUCCAGUGAAAAGCGUGAUCGUUGAAACCAACGAAGUGACUUUCGUCCUUCAAUCACGACCGCUUUAAUGUGUGUUGUUGUUUCUCCUUUGUCAUAUAGGACUGUAUAUCAGGCUGGGUAGAACAGUGUAAUGUAAAGAAAAUUCCCUGCUCCGAAUCAUUCUCUCUGAACGCUACUCUUGGUAGCCCAGUCAAAAUCCGCGAAUGGAACAUUGCUGGUCUCCCCGUGGAUUCAUUCUCAGUCGACAACGGCAUUAUUGUGGAUAACGCGCGGCGAUGGCCACUGAUGAUUGAUCCUCAAGGUCAAGCCAACAAGUGGAUUAAGAACAUGGAGAAAGAAAACAAACUUUCGGUUAUCAAACUAUCUGACUCCAACUACAUCCGCACCCUGGAGAACAGUAUCACGGUAGGAGUGGCUUUCUUUCUUUCUUUCUUUCUUUUUUUUUCACUUUUCUUUUUGAGUUGUACGAAGUGAAAGUAGGGACUAUGAAAGGUUCGAAUCCAGGAGUCAUUUCACUAAGUAGGUUGAGUAUGAUCGUCCGGGUGAAGGUAGUCCUGAAUAGGACUGUUGUUGCUGACAGUGACUGACGUUUCGACAACCUGUGCGGUAGUCAUCUUCAGAGUCAAAGUGAGUUGUAUCACGUCAGUUGAAGGUAUUAAAACUCUAUUUAUUGACGUGAUUGGUCCAUUAAGUCGUUAUAGUAUUGGUCGUCUUUCAGUUAAACCGCUGUCAACAACAGUCCUCUUCAGGACUACGUUCACCCGGACGAUCAUACUCAACCUACUUACGACAGUAGGGACUGUUAUUCAGUGUUUUAACAGUCGAAAGGUCCUGUUAUAUUGACCACAAAAGCCACCUUAAAUACGAGGGUCCCCAACAGGGUUCCUCAAUCAUCGUCAUCCCGACCCAAGUUUUCGCUCAAUCCCGUAAUCCUGAGGGGUUUUUUCGCCAUCCCCGGUCCCGCAUCCUGUGCUUAACUUUCAAUCCCGAAUCCCGGCCUUCAAUGAGGCAAAACCCGCAUCCCGAGAAAUCUAUUGAGGACCCUUGAAAAACGUCUCUUAACAGUUGCGUUCUUUGUAAAUACAGUUUGGUACGCCUGUUCUGAUGGAAAAUGUUGGAGAGGAACUGGAUCCAAUUCUGGAGCCGCUUCUCUUGAAGCAGACCUUCAAACAAGGUGGCGUGGAGGUGUGUAGACAUUUUUUCUUAGUUCAGAAAUUCUUCUGAACGUUCUCUCUCCCGAAACAGAUGUAUGAACUCUCUGCUGAUCAUUUUGAUAACCUCUUGAUGAACUUAACACCCCGUUCGUGCUACGCCGAAUGCGAACGAAGCUCUGACUGUGUGGGCCCCAGCUCCCCGAGUGCGCGUCUUUCCCGACACAUUCUUUGGCAGGGGAAUUAAAAAUAAGAGUGCGUUGUGGGAAAUCCUGAUUUUUCGGAUUUCCCAUUUGAACACAAAAUCCCAAAACGGAGUUCGUGUUCGGAUCUCUUGAAUGGAAAUCCACGUCGCAGACGAAUAUUCUGCUUGGCAAAAUCCCUUUUUGGAUUCUGCUUUUUUGAGGAAAAUCCGGAUUUAGAUUUUAAAAUCGCACCGAUACAAAAUGCACCAUUAAAUUGGUCUUUUUACAUCUAUCGGAAAGUUGUUGAACCUCAGCAAACUCUAGCCGGCACCAAGCGACUUUUUUUGAUAUUCCAGUUCCUCUUGAGUAGUUGACGUUAACCCAGUUAUUAAAAGCAACAACUCUAACUUUGACGAUUCUUAGAUUCUUAGUCUCUGGUGAUCAAAGGAUAUCAAAUCCGCCAUUUGCUACUUCUUUUAGCUUCAUGACAGGUUCCUGUCCUUAUUUAUUUUGUGGUUCUGUCUUCCGUAGUAUCUCAAACUCGGAGAGAACAGCAUCGAAUAUUCACGUGACUUCCGGUUUUAUAUCACGACGCGCCUGCGUAAUCCUCACUACCUGCCUGAGAUCUCAGUUAAGGUGACCCUAGUGAAUUUUAUGAUCACCCCCCUGGGGCUGGAGGAUCAACUGCUUGGGAUUGUGGCUGCUAAAGAGAAACCUGAACUGGAGGAAAAGAAAAACCAACUUAUUCUGGAAAGUGCGGCCAAUAAAAAACAGGUUGGUUUUAGAAACGGCUAAUUUUUGUCUCGACGUUGCUUCCUGUUUUAUAUAUUUUUACUUAGUUCUGAGGUAUUUAUUUAUAUUUGCUUUUAGCUCAAAGAAAUUGAAGACAAGAUCCUAGAGGUGUUGUCAUCUUCCGAGGUAACUUACUACAGUUUAGUUCUUGACUCAAUUUUCUUUAAAUGGGAUAGAGAUGAAAGGGUAUCGACGGUAAACUGAAUUAGAACUCAACUGCGAUUUCAGUCGUGCUUAAUAUAUGCCAAAGAAAGUCGAUAGCACUCUGCUGAAGGCAUGCAUGAGUGCUAAGGUUAUCUUAAAGAACUUUUAAGUUCAAAAAGAGAGAGUGAAAAAAAUCCUGUGGUUUGAAUCGCUUGUGGUAGUGAAAUGUUUCCUUGACUCAUCCUUUUGGUGAUUGACUAUUUCAUCUUUUUCCGUAUUUUCCUGUAUUGUGCAACGUUUUCAAUCUUUUUAAUUCAUUUCUAAAUAGGGAAACAUUUUAGAGGAUGAAACUGCAAUCAAGAUCCUCUCAUCUUCAAAGGUUCUGUCGGAAGAAAUUUCCGCUAAACAGGUAAAUUAAAAAUUGUACAUAAUUCUUUCAAAACCUGACAGGGAAAAGCACUUCCUAGGCUGCGCGAGCUGUGACUGUGACAUCAUUCCUUCCGUGCUCGCGAAGUUCUAAUUUUAACAUUGUGACGUCAUAACUGUCAAACGUUUCGCGAUACUGCGGAGCGACUCAAGAGAUUAUCAAAGAAAAACUUCUGUAAUUCUCAUUAUUGCUUGUCAAACUUGACCGCGAAGCUGCCGAUAAGUACUUGUUUUUGAUACCACCAGGAAGUAUUUUUCGCGUUGCCUGACUUUGUCUCUGUUUUGUUUUCUUUUUCCACUGGUGUUUUCAUCGCUUUUGUGGCUACACGUGCAUUUUCGCUGCAUGCUAAAUACGCGAUCAUUGAUUUAGAAGCCCUUAUAUCGUGGUUAAUGACCGACACGCAAGUGACGUUAGUUCAAAUAUUGUUUUUCAGGAAAUCGCUACAGCAACGGAGAAGGAAAUUGACGAGACUCGAAAUGGAUACAAACCAGUAGCAACACACUCUUCCAUCUUGUUCUUUUGCAUCUCAGACCUCGCCAAUAUUGAACCCAUGUACCAAUACUCGCUCACAUGGUUUAUAAACCUAUACCUCCAGGUAAAAAAUAUUAUUCAGUCACUGGCCAAUAUUGAACUCUUGUACCAAUACUCAGUCACAUGGUUUAUACACCUAUACCUUUAGGUAAAACAUGUUAUUCAGUUACUGGCCAAUAUUGAACUGGUCUACCAUGGUUAGUCACUAGGUUACUCAAGCUCAGCUCUCUUAGCUCUAAGAAGGUGUAGACUCAAGUUCCAUCAAAAAUUCUGACUCAAAUAAAAUGCGCACUUAAGCUAAAAAAAAACUGAACGACGAAGAGAGAGUAAAAAAUCUGGAAAAUUACGGAACGAAGUUCAAACUUACGCGCGAGCACGUACUGGGCACCUAUUGACUAAAAGCUAAAUAUUCACGUUAAAUCACGCCCGUGGACAAAAACAUACUAGGGGAGAGUGGUUGAGGUAAAAGGUAAAGUUCAAAGAUUCAAAAGUUGGGCUUAUCCUCGGUUUCAGAACCUUUUAAACUCACGGGUGAUGUAAAACAAAGUAAUCAAAGAAGUCAACACAAUAGAACGUAGAAAAACACAUGGAGAGAAAGAAAAAAGGUCACAGGUUCUUACACCGAGGUAAACUCAAAAGUUGAAGAUGUUAAUUCAGAAAGUUCAAACACCAUGUGCAAUGCUCCUUCUAAACAUUAUUCGUAUCUUAUUACGUUGUUUUUGUUUAUUGUAGUCGAUCAGUAACAGCCGACCGUCUUCAGACCUGGAAGAAAGGAUAGAAAGUCUAAACGAGCAUUUCACCCACAGUAUCUACUCCAACGUGUGCCGCUCGCUGUUUGAGAAAGACAAGCUGCUCUUCUCCAUAACUCUAACCAUUGGAAUCAUGAAGGGAAAGUAAGAAUCUAGAAAAAAUAAUAAUAAUAAUAGUGGGUAGAGUGAGCCAAAUACACGAGCACGAGUGAAAAUUCACCCUCGAGGAAGAUGAGAACAUAAGGGAAGACUGUCCAACACCAUAAACCAUUCGACUACUGCCUUCCAUUAUCUCUUGAAAUCACUUGUUCCGGAAUACGUGCGUCAGCUGCAACGCGCUCAGCUUUUGGUUGGUUGACUCUGCUUUCAAGGAAAAGUGAGCGAAUUGGGAGCUCAGAAUAUAGUUGUCUUUGACUGCAUUCGUUUUUUAGCAUUUUGCAUGAUUGGUUAGUCAGUUUAGAUAACGUUCGUUGUUAUGAUAUCUGACAAGUCGCGAUCAUUGUUGAAUUUCGCAGUUUUUAACCUAUUCAUUUACCCUUUAACGUACAAACUUUAAUUGACAGCCAUGUUUAAUAAAAUGGAGAUUUCUUUGAUUCCCAGGGGUAAAGUAGAUGAUCGAGUUUGGAGGUUCCUUUUAACUGGCGGAGUAGCUCUGGAUAAUCCGUUUCCGAAUCCAUGUUCGGAGUGGUUGACCGAAAAAUCCUGGUCGGAGAUCGUGAGAGCGUCUGACUUACCCAACUUAAAAGGACUGAAGGACAGUAAGUGUAGUCUUAUAUCCAAUUCUGUGGAAAAGAUAACUUUUUUUGGAUUGUUCUUACGAUUUUCUGUUGUUAUGGCCUCUAGAUGUCUGUAACAAUAGCACGUAUGUCAGCGAUGUGUCGGCAACAAAAAAAGCGACAGAGUCAUUGCACAAACGACCCUUUAAGUUUUCCAAAAGUUUUUUUGCCAUAGCGGGGGAAUAAAGGAAAAAAAAUAGAUUCCCGUUAUUUACCCUCGGCAGUAUUUGUAGCAAUAAUUCCAGUGGGGCCUAACAAAUUCCUGAAACAAAUAAUUUAAAUCAAAUGGGGUUGGUGGAGGAUUUGAACUCGGGACUACCGUGAACAAAUCCAGCUAGCGGUCAGAGAGGGACUUGAACUAGGGGCCUCCGAAUUGCAAGUCCGGCCCUCUAACCACGCAGCCACGCUGUCUCCUUCAAUCUCCUUACCCUAUUCCGUAGGCCUUUUGCUCUGCUUUCCAUUUCGCACCGCUCCCCGCUAUAUAAACGCAUAGAAAAAGCUUAAAUCAGAGAUCCUAGAUUUGAAUCCGAAAGGAGAUCAUAUCUUUCUGAUUUGUCGCAUAGCACUCUUGACAUUGAUUUUUGUUGUUGUUUUAGUUUCCGUUAUAACAGAAGGAAUAAUUUCGAAUAAGCAAGUGAAUGAUUUCAUACUAUUUUGUUGUUAUCAGGUUUCCCAGAUCCAGGUUGGAAAGCGUUUUAUGACUCAGCUACACCUCAUGUAGAAAAGAUGCCAGAUCCUUGGGACGCUGUGUCGGGUCUCGAUCGGUAAGUAAACAGGCCAACUUUCCUUUUCUUUUCUGUGGCUUGAUUCUUAAGAGUAAGACGGUGUUUUCUCACAGCAUAGCCUUAAAUUUAGUGCCAGGUAGUCUUUUCCGCGGGAGAAACAUUUCAUGCCAAAAUAAAAACAUUCUUGUUCGUGGUGCUUUGAACGGUCGCAUUUCAGGGUUUAUAUACCUCGCACGGUCGCAACACCAAAAUUUUAGACAUUGCAUACUGAGUUAGCCAUUUGUCACACAGUCUCUAAAGAAUUCCAGCUUGUUUAAAGCCUGUCUGACCUGCUUAAGGGCCUAAGUUACUUUCAAGUAAGUCUAUUAUGGAUGUUUCUUUACGCUUCCCCGGCAGAGCUUGCUUGAAUUCACACUACACCACAUCACUUCACGACGCUCAAGUCAUCGCUUCGUUUUUAAAUUUUUCAUUUUUUGCAGGCUGGUGGUUCUUCGAUGCCUCAGACCUGACAAGGUCGUUCCUGCCGUUCAGGUUAUUAUCAGUUUAUUUAUUUACUCAGUUUAACUACACAGAUAAUCAAAAUAAUGCAUAUAAAAACAAAUAAAGAAAAACCUUAUAUAUAAAAGUGAUAUCUGCUAAAGAUCUAAUUCGCUUUACCCUCAUACAUGCUCUGAUAUUUGACCAUUUAAAAGCAAUUUUCUCUUUGAAGGCUUCUGGAAGUGUUUCAUUGUUGUUUUUUUUUUGUUUUCAUCUUAUUGGUGAUGGUACCAGUUGAAUAACAACUGAUAUAUUUAUUUGUGAAGUCUACUGGACAUUAUUGUACGGCACUAUACAUUUUUAUAAGUUAAUAAUCACUUGACCAAUAAUUUACAGGAUUUCAUCGUGGAAAACAUGGGUCGCUCGUACAUUGAACCGCCGACAUUCAAUUUACAAUUGAGUUAUAACGAUUCCCACUGCUGUGCACCGCUGAUAUUCGUGUUAUCACCUGGAGCUGAUCCCAUGGCUGGUCUGCUCAAGUUUGCUAGUGACAAAGGCUUUGGUGGAAACAGAAUUCAGACUAUUUCACUCGGCCAAGGACAGGUGAGUUGCACUGGUGUAUUUAAAAAACGCACUUAAUUUGAGUGCCAAUGUAUUUAGCAAGAAAGUGCUGAUCGAUGACAAAUUUUACGUCUUCGACUUGAGAUGGCACCGCCCUUUUACGUGGUCAUCCGAGCCACACCAAGUUCUAGCCGUUUGCAGGGCCGAGGAAGAACCUUCAUUUCUCAGUUAUUUUUAGGCCCUCACUAUUGAGCUUUGCAGUCAGGCGCUCUACCGUGUGAGCUAAUCCUGCCGCGGUUUUCAGUCGAGUGUCGUGAAUACAGACUCAGUCAUAUCUUUGACUAAUCACACCAAAGGCAGACAGUCCAGUUAAACAAUCAGAAUUCACAGCAAAUGCAAGGAGCCGGUGCCAAGCGCGGGAAAAACCUCCGAGCAAGUUACAGCUGGUAGAGUUUUGUUUUCUGAUUGGCUGAGAAACAGGGGCGAGCUUAUUUUAACCAAUAACAAUAUUCAAAACCAUAGACACGAAAUAACUUUAGGCACACUAAGAGCUGUAUCACGGCUGAAACGAGUUUCGUUUAUCUUGGAAUCUAACAAAGGAGUCGAAAGUACAAUUGUCGCUACACCUCUGUAACAAUAGAACUUGGUUUGGAGAGUUUGCCAACAGAACAGAGGAGGAACUUGAUUAUCUACAAAACGCCUAAUGGCACAUGUCUACACACACUUGAGCGGGGGAGGGAGGGGUGGGGCGGAGAGCUUUGUUUUUAUACAAAAGCGGUAAAGACGUUUAUUUGAUUUUUCUCUUUUGUCUCACAGGGCCCUAUAGCGACACGCAUGAUAGAACAGGCUUUAAAGAAAGGAACAUGGGUGGUACUUCAGAAUUGUCAUUUAGCAACCAGCUGGAUGUCAAAACUAGAAAAAAUCUGCGAAGAUGUACUUGUUCCGGAUAACACGCACAAGGAGUUUAGAUUGUGGCUGACCAGUUAUCCUUCACCGGACUUUCCUGUGUCCAUCCUGCAAAAUGGUAAGAGAAUAGUUUAAAGUUAAUCAUGUCGCAGGCAUAAGAGAACACAUGAGUCGCCGUGCGUCCAUGUCGGACUGGGCGCCCUAAUGGCUAGCCAGGCCAUAGGCCGUCUAUUAUAUUAUAAUUUUUUUAACUUUACUGUUGAUGCUUUUUAGGAGUAAAGAUGACCAACGAGCCUCCAAAAGGUCUUCGUUCAAACUUGUUACGCUCAUACCUCAAUGAUCCGAUUUCAGACAAGGAAUUCUUCACUGCUUGUAAUAAGGUCAGCAGUCAAGGUCUUGUUAAAUUCUUGUAGACUGAAAAUUCUCAAGAAUAGAAACUGGAUGAAUGCUUUGAAGAAAGACAAAUAUACCAGCUUGGGCAGCAAAAAAAAGUCGGCGUACGAAGCGAGCCGAGCGAGGGACUGGGAAAGGGUAAAGGGCGUCACCCGUCCUUCCCCAGACUUAAGCUCGGUUCGCUUCGCUCGCCGAGAGUUUUGGCUUUCGCAGAUUUUUUUUGCCGCCCUAUUUCCCUAUUUCCCUCACUGCGGAGCCUGGUCCCAGGUUAUAAGACCUAGAACCCAAACUGAAUACAGAAAAUCAAAAGGGGGUAAAGAUAGGCAAAACUAAGAAAAGUGAACGGAUGGUACUUUGAAAAGCGUGAAACACAACUGCCCUGCUUUUUUCAAUUCGUUCUUGGUCUGGUCUGUUAAACACGAGUUUUUCUCGCCUGUUCCAGCUAUUUAUGUAUAUCCCUCGUUAUGAUGCUCUUUGGACAUAAAAAUUUCUUUUCUUUUCCUCACUCUUCUCUUUAUUCCUCUUUAGCCGGCGCCUUGGGAGAAACUGUUGUUUGGACUGUGUUUCUUCCACGCCUUGGUUCAGGAAAGAAGAAAGUUUGGUCCCUUAGGGUGGAAUAUUCCUUACGAGUUUAACGAAUCGGAUCUAAGGAUCAGCAUGAGGCAAUUGCAGGUAUUUUGAGUCGUUUUCAUUGUAAAUAUUUUUCAGUUUCGUACCUUCUCUAAAACGUCACAAACAAAGACACAAAGGUGGUAAAGAAAAUUAGAAAAUAAACUGUCCUCAUAAAGAUUUCAAGCCUUUUCGAUCUGGAAUCGUCAACAAAGGUGUUUUUGUCUUAAAACUGUGGUUAGAUCUGAAGUGGUGAUCUUUAACUACCGCACUUUUUCUCCCAAAGCCAUUUAUUCCUUUACCUCUUUUACCUUUUUUACCUUUGACGUGUAAGUAAAGCAACCGAGAAAAAAAAGAUAUUAAGCAGAAGGUUGUUAGUUGAUAUGGUUACAACUGAGCACUAAAUCACAAGUUAACCCCUUAAGUCCCAAUAUCCACAUACAAACUCUCCAAACUGAUCUCCAUACAUUUCCUUAAAGAAUUAGUUGAGAGAAUUUGAUAAAAGAUCAAGGCAUUUUCUCUUUGGUGAUCAUUUUAUUAAUUCUCAUGACCUCUUGACAAUGUAUGGAUAUUGUUAGGAGAAAAUUGAUGUUGGUCAGUAUUGGGGUCAAUAUAAUGAUUUGUUUCUAGGGGAGCUCGCGUUAAAAGGUGGAUAGUACUAUCCACCGGAUAAAUCACCAUCCAGUGGAUAUGUAUUAGGGAAACCAAUUGCGCUAUCCAGUGGAUAGUGGUUUAUCCGAUGGAUAGCGUUAUCCACCUUUUGAACAACUGAGGCCUGAAUUUUCUGAGAGAUUGAGGAGACAAGACGCUGAACUAUAUUCUGUUUACGUAGAUGUUUUUGAAUGACUACGACGAAGUUCCGUUGGACGCGCUUACGUAUUUGAUUGGUCAAUGUAACUAUGGUGGGCGCGUCACUGAUGACAAAGAUCGUCGAUUGUUGGUCUGCCUGUUGUCCAUCUUUGUGUGCGAAGACAUCAUAGGCAAGGAUGAUCACAAGUGAGUUAACUCCGUCAAUAACACGUUGCUGUUUUCACAUGGGCACCUCCCGCUUCUGGCGUCGUCCCACACACGAAAAAUGAUAAUUGACAAUAAUACUGAAUGAGGCUGAGUACGAUGGGAAGGAUUAUGCAGAUCGAGGAGAAUGUUAUCGGCAGAGGUAGAUAGCAGCUUCCGCGAUCAGCAUAAUUCUUAACAUCAUACGAAAACCUAAUUUAAAAAAUUGUUUUAUUAUUCUUUCAGAAGAUGUUUUUUCUUGCAGAUACUCCUCAAACCAUAGAUAACAUCCAUCGAGCGAUAUGUUUUGCGUAUUCUUGCAUUUUACGUUCAGUUUUAGUCAGAAGUUCCAUCUAUCAACCUUGAUUCCAAACCGAUAUACGAUAUACCAUCGAAUUGAUGGUACAUUACUCCGGGGGAAUUUGAGCCAGUCAAAAACUGCGAAAUAUUGUGAGUGAAUAGCAGUGUGGUAUAUACAUGAUGAGUGUGAUCAUAAUCUUCUGUGGUUCCUUUACUAAAGGUUCUCAGACAGUGGUACAUAUUACGCACCUGCCAAGGGAGAUUACGAGUCAUACGUGGACUACAUCCGGGAAUUGCCGCUCAUACCUCAUCCGGAAGUGUUUGGUCUUCAUGAGAAUGCCGACAUUACAAAGGACCAGAAGGAGACCCAAGAGGUGAGUGGCACCUGUUAAUCUUUUGUUGUAUAUGCGCGCGGAUAACGCUGAGCUGAUAAUCUUCUUCAUUUGCGUAAUGGUUUGAGUUUCAGUUGAAAGCUAUUUAAUUGAUAAUCUUAGCAGUUUGAAAGCAGUCUCAUUUUUUUGUAUUUGUUCCUCAGUUGUUUGACAGCAUCUUGUUAACCCUGCCUCGUCAAUCGGGUGGAGGUGGAAAAUCUUCAGCUGAAGUAAUCGAUGAACUAUCGGCCGACAUCCUAUCCAAGUUCCCUCCUCCGUUCGACAUUGAGAUGGUGAUGAACAAGUACCCUGUGGUCUACGAAGAGUCCAUGAACACCGUGCUUAGACAGGAGCUAAUCCGGUUUAACCGGCUCACUACUGUGGUACGAAGUACGCUACAGAACCUGCAGAAGGCCAUCAAAGUAAGUCUGACAAAUCUUGUGAGUGUCGUAAAACCAAACGUAAAGUGACUACUGGGCAAUCACAGUACACAUCAACAUUUAAAUAAACCAAUCAGAUCUCGAAACAAGUACAUGUAAUCAGCAAAAAGCGCGGGAAAAAAGACGCCUGUCAGCAAGCGGCCGUGAGUGAUAUGGUUUUUGCCUCUGACAGGACAAGAAAGAGGCGCGAGACUCAAUAGAAUGACGAAGGUAAAAGGUAGUUUUUGAAAAGUAACAUGGAAUAAGUCAAAGUUAUUUCUAAUAACUUUAAAGACUUCGCCUUAAAUUGUCUAAUUUCGUUUGAAUUAGUAGCAUUUGCCCUGACACUUUUGGAAUUUACAUCUGUUAAUGGAAUGUUCUCUUUUAUUCCAACCCUGAUCGAAGAGGCCGUGCCCUUUGUUUGUCGCCCGGGUCUAUUUCAGUUAGGUACAAUGCCUUAUUGUUAAACUUUUUCUAAACAAGAAGUGUCCAUCCAUACUAAACUAACUGCUUUGGUGAUUGCUUGCAGGGUCUCGUGGUAAUGUCAGGUGAUCUUGAAGAUGUGUUUAAUAACAUGCUUGUAGGCAAGGUGCCAGCUGUUUGGUCUGCAAAGUCCUAUCCGUCUCUCAAACCACUUGGUAGCUAUGUGGCUGACCUUUUAGAGAGGUAUGUUGAGUAGUUUUUUCCACUAUGUGUUUGCAAGGCAGGCUAAAUGCACUAUUGCUUAUUUCUUUAAGAAGAUAAUUUUUUGUCUAGCGCUUUAAGCCUUCAGAUUGGCCAACACUGAUAUUACUUCUCCUUCUAAAGUCAUUCCCUAAUCGUAUCAAAGGGUUCUCGCUACUUGAAUUGCCCAAACUAUUUUUUACUUGCGAAUCCUUCAUUUGGAGUUCAACCCAGUUCAAAAGUCACUCCACAGGGGUAAAAUUCACUAGGCAGUACUUUCCCGACGGACUGAAUACCGCUGAAUAUUUGUAACUUGUCAAGGUUGUAGUCCUCCCUAAUUAGCCGGUAAUUAUUCUUCUCCUAUUAGACUGACGUUUUUUCAAGACUGGAUUGACCAUGGAAAACCAAACGUGUUCUGGAUCUCGGGAUUUUACUUCACUCAGUCUUUCUUAACAGGUUGGUUAUUUUUAUUAACCCAGCUUUGAACGUGACAUCACGGCGGCCAUACUGGUGUACAAAACAAUGCAACGGCGGCCAUUUUGGUGCCGUAUCCUGUAAAAGCGUUCUUUUGUUCGGAGAAAUUUGCAUAGCGGCCACUGAUCACACGAGUGAAGAUGAUCUAUUUAACCAUGGGCUACUGAUUUGACUGAUAAAUUUGUCUAUUGGUAGGGGCGCGCCAGAACUUUGCACGGAAGUACACAAUUCCUAUUGAUCACGUGGGCUUCCAGUUUGAAAUGAUGAAAAGUGAGAAAGAAAUGGACUCCCGGCCUGAAGAUGGCGUGUAUGUUAACGUAAGUUCUGAAGACACCUCUAUAUAAACUGGUAGCAAUCAUAGAUUAUGGCAUGCGUUCGUCUGGCUGAUUUUCAUAAGCGAAAGUCUCAGUAAAGUUAACAAAUUUGGUUGUCUUUUGCGCUAGCUAACAAGGGUGGCCAAGUUCGCGUUGUUCAUAACAUCCAGACGCAAUGCAUAUUUCUCUAAAUUUUGAUGCACCGUAUCUAAGAAAUUUCCGAAGAAUGUAAAAGAGCCUUUCACUACAACCACACCAGCAAAGUCGUGUGUGAAUGUUGAGAAGGUGAUUGGGACGUAGUAGGGGAAGAUAAACGAGCAACGAAAGAUCCUUCAAACAUUUCGGCUUUUAUUCACAGGAAGUUACCUCACUAGUAUUCCUUCUCGUCCCCCGAACGCAAUUGCAGAGGCUCGAACCGUAGCGCUAGACAACAAAAGCAGAGAGUUCUCUUGCAUGCAGUCACUACCUCUAGUAUCUUUUGCCUAGCUCGUAUCAGCCCCUUGCAAAUGAUAUUCAAAAAACCUUGUUGUUUCAAUGUACACAAGAGAACGUAAAGCCUUUUAUGUUCUCCUGAUAAACAAUUAUGGAAAGGCUUGGCACAAUGAAAUCAGUCUGCUCCUUAAUGAAUUCCGGUAUAACUAAUGACGUUCUUUACCGAAGUAAGGUAAAAGUAAAAUGCUAGGAGCAGGACUUAAAGAUAUAAAGAAUCCCCGUUAUAAUGAAGGAGUUUUUCCGGUCCCUUGGGAAAGUGAUAUCGGGGUGCCACCGUACGCAGGCUUACCAGUCUCAGGUAGGCAAUACCCCAAAAUCUCGUCCUCAAUCAAUUAUAUGUUUUUUGUUUAUUACAGGGUUUGUUUUUAGAAGGAGCUCGCUGGGACAGAGAGCAGAUGGUGGUGUCUGAAUCUCUUCCCAAGAGUCUUUUUGAUACUCUGCCUGUGGUAUCCUUUGAUAUAAAAUAGCUGAGCUAUCAUCAGUUAAAACUUAAAUAACAUUUUUAUAUUCGUUGAGACCGAAAUAAGAGAAGUACUGACCGAUCUUGUAACUACCUGAAUGAACGAGUGGUUGACUGCAUUGCUUUGUUCUUGACAACUGGUUGCUAAAUCUAGUAGUCUGCUACACAGCCGUUUUUAGUGUCGUCACGGACACUAAAAACGGCUGUGUAGCAGACCAUAAAUCUAGGGGUGCUUACCAUUUACAUAGGAGAACCGGAAUUCCGGUUGGAAAAUCAAAUGGUUCGCGUUAUUCCGUUUGGGAAGCUUCAGAAAAUACCGUAAAAUUCCGAAAAUAAGCCCCUCCAUGUAUAAGCCCCCCAAACUCGUAAUUCAAAAAAUCCUCCGUUAAAUUGCCCCUCCAAAUAUAAGCCCCCCAGGGGCUUGUAUUUGGAAAUUGCCGUCAAACACAGCAAAAACGGUUAAUUUCCUUCCAACCACAAGGCUAGCCCAAUCGAUUUUGACACGCAAAUUUCUCUCAAUAGAUAAGCCCCUCCGAAUAUAAACCCCUCCAAAAAUAAGCCCCUCAAAAAGGGCCUUUGAAAAAUAUAAGCCCCGGGGCUUAUUUUUGGAAUUUUACGGUAUGUGCUGCUAUUUGAAGCGAUGCAAUUUUUCCACUCUUUUAAGCCUGUUCAGCUGAUUUGGAUAUAUUUUAUAGCGGGUUGUUCUCCCACCACGACAAACUCGUCAUAUGUAUGUUUACUAAAUUCCCACUAUCAUUCUUUCAUUUAUGUGUUUUGUUGCUAUUCCUUAACCAGUCUGUCUUACAGAUGUGGAUUAUUCCUGGUGAAAAGUCCACUUUUACACCAAAACCUACGUAUGCCAGUCCAGUGUACAAGACAAGCGCGCGCCGAGGGACUUUAUCGACAACUGGGCACUCCACUAACUUUGUUAUGUAUGUUGACUUGCCAUCUAAUAAACCCGAGAGGCACUGGGUCAAUAGGGGCGUAGCCCUGCUGUGUCAGUUAGAUGACUAGCUUUACGCUGAAUCCUCUUUCCAUUCCUUUGAAGCGGGUACUUUGCACGGCUUUAUUCGUAAUGUCGUGAUGUAUCUCAAGAAGUAACUGUGUUUGUAUCUUUAAAAGAUGUCAUUACGUUGUUUUACUUAAGAUUGACACCUGUUACGAGUAUUCAUACGUAGUUUUCUCGUGUUAGAGUUUCUUAAAACUACCUCAUACCUGUCUCCUUCAGCUAAAAAUUGUCUCAGAAUUUUUGCCACAAGUUAAAAGAUGUAUCGUAUUUAUUUUGGGGAACAGGCUGUUGCAGAGCAACAGAUUGAGUAUCCUGAACGUGUACAUAUCUGGAAGAUAAAUUACAGUGUGAAAUUAAAUUUAAAGAGUGUUAACUAGUUAAACUAUGUGACUAUUUUUAUAUUCAAACGAUGUGUG